AUCCGUUUCAUUUGCUGAGACAUUGGGGGGGGGGGGGAAUAAGUUUUGAUGGAUGCAAUAAUGGAAUACAGAAUGGUUUAGUUUUUGUAAAAUACGCAGGGAUGUAUGAUAUGCAAAAUGAACCAUGGAAAGAGAAGAAGAGAAGCCACUGAUAUUUUAAGGUUGUUUCAAGGAGUAUUUUAAAUUGUAAAACAGAAAAUUUAAUAAAAAUUAGAGAGGAAACAGCUGGCUGUGGCAGCAUGCAGACUAACGAACGGCAACAAGAGAUUUAGAUCUGGUACAGCAAGACGGACAGAUGUAAUAUAUACGGUAUUUCUAUGGUAGCAAUUCCCCUGUUCAGCUUAGAUCAGGCCACAUAUAUCGAACCAGCAAUAAUAAUUGAAAAUAAAACGAAACUGCCUGGUUAAAGGGGGGAGAAGAGCAACAUUCUAGAUUAACCAAUCAGCGACACAACCCUGAAUUUGAACCUGCAUAACGUAAUAUAAAUUAAAAAAUACAUAUUUUCCUAGGGUGAUGUCUACUACUGCAGCCAGGACUCUAAUAAAAAGCUCGCAGACCAGGAGCGACGCAUGCGCCCUAAGCAGGGUGGGAGAGCUGGGGCCGGCCAAUCAGAGGAGCGGGAGCUCUCGCGCGCCGUCCAACGGCCGCUCAGGCCCGCCCGGGCGCGUGCCCGGACCUGCCCAACGGGGGAGCGUUUCACCCCCCCCCGCCCACCUCCCUCUCGCUACGUCACUCGAGGAAGACGAAGGAAGCCGCCAUGUCGGACGCGGCAGAUUCGCCAUAACCUUUUCCCCGCCGCGGCCUGCACGCCGCCGUUUUAAUAAUAACAGCAGCUUAAUAAUGCGCUUCCGUGUAUAGAUACGUAUUUAUUUAUUUUUAACAAAACGUUAGCGCCCCUCGAAUUUGAGAGCAGGGAUAUGGCGGUGGCGGCGGCGCUUCUCCUGAGGGGACGAAAGUGCUAGUUCUUCCUCUCUUUUUUAAUUCUACGGUUUUUAUUACCACCCCUCACCCUCCUCAUAUUCGGCCAUGGAAGCUCCGUCGGCAGGUGAGUGCGGGCGCCGAGGGGGGCCUUUUAUAAUAUAUGGAAAUCGCGUCGGCGGAGGGAUUCCGCCCCCGCGCGGGGCCUGACGGGACGUGGCGCGAGACUCCCGAGCGGGCGUCGUCGUCACCGGCACUUCCGGUUCAGUGGUGGGCGGGCAUGGCGUCGGAACCGGAAGUGCGUGUGCGCUUGCGCGCGCGUCUGUCUUGUCAUCUCGGUGCGCACAACCUGGUUGGCUGUGGUCCUCAGGGCGGAGAAAGCGACUUUUUCUUAAGGAUGCGAGGAGAGCGAAGCUGCCCGAUGUCCUCUCCUCAUAAUGGAAGCGCCACGCCCUUGCAGCUGCGCCCACCUAUUUUUCGCCCAAACGCGGGUCUCGAACCCACAACCCUUGGGGUUUGAGAGUCUCGUGCUCUACCUAUUGAGCUAUCCAGCCGCCGAGGCUUUGGAAUGGGAAACCUCGUUAAUGGAACAGAGAAGCCUAACUGUGGCACCGAGUGAAGGAAGCGCUGCUUUUUAUCUGUCCCAUCGAUAACCUCAGCCAAAGCUGCCCAUCCUGCUUUUAAUUGAAUUGAAAUAUUUAAUGUCACUUGUACAGCUUGUAUAUGGGACACGGGUGGCGCUGUGGGUUAAACCACAGAGCCUAGGACUUGCCAAUCAGAAGAUCGGCAGUUUGAAUCCCCGUGAUGGGGUGAGCUCCCGUUGCUCGGUUCCUGCUCCUGCCAACCUAGCAGUUCGAAAGCACGUCAAAGUGCAAGUAGAUAAAUAGGCACUGCUCCGGCAGGAAGGUAAACGGCGUUUCCGUGUGCUGCUCUGGUUCACCAGAAGCGGCUUAGUCAUGCUGGCCACAUGACCUGGAAGCUGUACGCCGGCACCCUCGGCCAAUAAUGCAAGAUGAGCGUCGCAACCCCAGAGUCCGUCACGACUGGACCUUAUGGUCAGGGGUCCCUUUACCUUUACCUUACAACCUGUAUACAGUGAGAUUAAGAGAGCUGAGUGGGGGGUGCUCGUGUAGUCUUAAUUUCCCUCGUUUACUGAUGCACACCCACCAAACCCAAAAGUCAGUUGCCCCGUUGUUAUUUUUUAAUUCAGCAGCCUAACAGCCCACGGAUAGAAGCUGUUCUUUACCCUGUUGGUGCGACUAAUCAUGCUUGUAUAUCUUCUGACUGAGGGCAGGAGAUCAAGAAAUUGCCGGCCAGGGUGUGAAUCAUACCUGAGAAUUUUCCUCACUCUCCUGAGGCAACGUUCUUCCGCUAUUUCAUCCAGCGGAUUCACAGGACAGUCCAUAAUAUCACCACCCUCUGUAGGCACUUCCUAUAAGAUGAUGUCAAACCAGCGUACCACACCGUGAUGCAGUAUGAAAGGACACUUUCUGUUGUGGACACCUAUAGAAGGAGAUGAUCAAAUGUUGAUUGACAUAGUUCUUCCGCAAUGUCCCACAAAUUCAAAGGGGGGAGAAGGAAAAGAAGCUCAUUUCCACUUUUCCUAGACCAGUGGUCCUAUGCCCUAUGGGCCACAUUUUCAGAAUAAAAAUUUGCUCGCACCGCACCUAAUUUUUUUAUUGUUAAGAAAUACAUUGGAAAGGAAAAGCAAAAACCAGCAGUGCUGGAUUUAUAGCGUAGAAUGCAGCCUCUUUAUAAUAUGAUCAUGGGGCAUCCAGAAUGUAUAAAACAAUGCAUCUGCUUACUCAGGAGUUCCAUGCUUCAUGUCCUUGCAUUUUGAAAAAGCUUUAGCUAGCCUUUGCCGUUGAAGUUGGUUUGUUGUGGGUCGUCAUAUAUAACUAGGAUCUAAACCUUUUGUUCUGACCCAGUGCCUAACUUCUGAGUUGUCACACUGGGGGUUAUUCUCAAAAUUAUGUGGACUCCUAGAUAGUACAUCACUACUAAAACGAGUUCUUGCACAGGCAAAUAGUCAGAUUCCAUUUAAGAUGCAGUCCUACACACGCUUACCUGGGAGUAAGUCCAGGGUAAGUAAGUGGGGCACUCUUCUGAGUAACUAUGUGGGGUAGAUAAACAAACUGGAAUGUGUCCAGAGGAGGGCAACCAAAAAGGUCAAAGGCCUGGAAAUGAUGCCUUAUGAGGAACGGCUAAGGGAGCUGGGCAUGUUUAGCCUGGAGAAGAGGAGGUUAAGGGGUGAUAUGAUAGCCAUGUUCAAAUAUAUAAAAGGAUGUCAUAUAGAGGAGGGAGAAAGGUUGUUUUCUACUGCUCCAGAGAAACGGACACGGAGCAAUGGAUCCAAACUACAAGAAAGAAGAUUCCACCUAAACAUUAGGAAGAACUUCCUGACAGUAAGAGCUGUUUGACAGUGGAAUUUGCUGCCAAGGAGUGUGGUGGAGUCUCCUUCUUUGGAGGUCUUUAAGCAGAGGCUUGACAACCAUAUGUCAGGAGUGCUCUGAUGGUGUUUCCUGCUUGGCAGGGGGUUGGACUCGAUGGCCCUUGUGGUCUCUUCCAACUCUAUGAUUCUGUGAUUCUAUGAUUCUAGAUCUGUCAGUAGAGCAAGAAACUCUUAAUCAGAGUUGUGGGUUUGAGUCCCAUGUUGAGCAAAAUAUUCCUCCAUUGCAGGGGGUUGGACUAGAUGGCCCUUGUGGUCCCUUCCAACUUUACAGUUCUAUGAUUCUGUCUGUCCAUGGCUUUCUUUCCAUAAGCCUUCUGUGCAUUUAGUAAAGACAUGCAAGGCUUCAAAAGCAGGAAGACCUACUAGGCACCCUUUUGAGUACCUGGCACCUCAAGCUUUAGAAGUUUAGAAAUUGCAAAUUGCCAUUCGUAUGUAUGUAGAACUUCCGUUUAUGAAGCCUCUGUCCUUCUUGUGCUUCUGCUAUAGCCUUUUCCUGUUUGAUCUCCUGGAUUUGCUGCCAUUUCCUCCACCCGAUCCUAGCCUGUUGCCUUUUGUGCUUUGCGGAUGACUUUUGUAACUACCAAUACACCGCUGCUGCAAGUUCUUACUUUGAAUUGUCCUCUUUUUGUUACACCUCCUCAUAAAGAAAAAUAACGGAAGACUUCUGAAGGAGAUGUUUUGUCAGUGCUGCUGAAAAUAUUUUUGCCCCCCUUCCUUCCCACCCCCCUAUUUGAAUCAGCCCUCCUUGGAAUAACAUUUGCCAGUGUGCCUCUGGUCUUGAGCUCUGUGUUGCAGCUGCUGCAAGUGGCUGCUAGAGGUUGCUGUUUGCACGCAGAAGGAGAUUCUUUCAAAGCAAGCAGCUGGAUGCCACGCUUAACUUGCUAGCUGUUGACUUAAUAAUCAGGGUUGCUAGUCAGUUAAAUAAUUUUGGCUGAUUGAUUGGAUAAAAGGCAGGUGAUUAAUUAACUACAGUUAAGUAAAAUCUGCAUUAUGUCCAAAACGGAAGGUGGGUGCCUUUUGAGAUUUUUCAGGUUGUUUUCUUCAGCAGUGUUUGCAUGGCCAGUAAAGUUCAAGGCUCUUCAUCACAGGGGAGGCAUCCUUGAGUAGAAAAGACUCCCUGUUUCAGAUGUUGCAGAUGCAGGGAACCUUUAUCAGCCAGAGCACAGAGAAAUGAAAAGAGCAGAGCAGCCUUAGAGAGGGGUAGGAAGGCAGGGGCCUUCAGUCCUUGCAACUGCCUCAUUGGGGCAAGACUUACUGGGAAGAGUUUUUAGGAUCACUAGGCCUGCGCUGCUUUGGUUUCUUUGAAUAAAGAGUUAACUGCACCGGCACCUUGUUUUUUUAUUGCUCUUGACACUCCCCCCCCCUCCAAAUAACAUCACAGCGGGCACCCAGUAUUUAAAACAGCAGAAAUAAAUAAAAGCAAUUAAAAGCUAUCAAUAAAAGAGUUAAGAAAUAACAAAGCAACUGUAAAACAGUAAAUAACAAAGCGGCUAUAAAAUAACCAUAAAAUCUUAGCUGCAGCAGCGUAAAUCAAUUUCUCGUUCAACGCCUGUGCAAAUAGCCGCUCUGUAAAAUAGGUGCCAGGUGAGUAGCUUCAAUGAAAGGCCCUUUGCUUUGUCCUCAGCUGCCUUACCAAUGGGGGAUGGGCGUGGGGCUGGAGUUAGCUCUGCCAUUGUCUGGAGAGUCCGAUCGACGGAAGGCUGAAAGUGUCGCUCCAUCUAUUAUUAGUGAUGCUUCUAAUUAUCCUUAGGUCUGAGGGUGUGUCACAACAAUGCAACCGAGACCAAACAGGAAUCAUACAUCCAGGCAGAAGGAGGGCACCCCAUUUUGGUCCAAGAAGAAGGAGAGGAUGAGGUGCUGUCUUUAUGCCAACCACUCUUAAGCAUUCAUCUGACCCCUGAUGGCAGAGUGUUGCUUGGUGUAGCAGAGGGAGUCUCUGAGAUUUUGCCCCACAGUUUGAGAACCGAGGUACAGCUUUGUGUGUAGCAAGGAGCCCAGUCUAUUUCCUCCUGCUGUGGAAUGCAGCACUUGCAAGAACAGGGCAUUGUAAGGAAAUUAACAGUGAGAUCCUACAUGUUUACUCAGAAGUAAGUCUCACUGCAUCCAGUGGCGCUUACUCCUUACUAAGAAUGUUUAGAAUUGCAGCACUAGGAGGGUGCGUUUUGACUGGUACAAUGACAACAGUUGAUUAUUUUUUAUUUUCACAAUGCUUUUGUGUCAAAUAAACUGGUCCUGAAAUAAAUUAGAUUUUAGGUUGGUAGGAGAAGUUUGUGUGCAGCAGGCUGAAGAAUUCCACUGUCGUUCCGCUCAUGGUGUACCUGCAUACUUAGCCGAUUAACAGCUUCUUUGAUUCUCUGCAUAUUUUAUUCAUUGUCUAAUUAAUUGCUCUGUUGACUUCCCCUCCUAGUUAAUUACCCACAGCCUCCUCAUCAAUUCCAUUCAUGCUUAAUUUGGAAUAUUGUUUAUUUGAUUCUUUGCCCUUAAGUGGCUGUUUCUGUUAUUGUCCUGUUGAUUCCCAGCCUAAUUAUCAACUGAUUUAUCAAUUACCCGUUGCAUAUUUGUUCAGCUGCUACGGGGAUCGGUGGCAGCCUUCUUAUUAUUAGUAAUUAUUUAUACAGUGUGCUGUGUGAUUUCCCUCUCCAGUUCCAUUCAUCCUUGCAACCAAUAUGAGAAGCUGUUCAUUAUCAUUCUGACUUUACGGGCAGGGAAUCGGUUUGCAAGCGUGAAGUUCGCUCAACUAAACCACAGUACAUUAUAGCACCAAACUUCUUGGCACAUGUAAGAUAAGUGUUGCUAAAUCCGAGCUAGGUAGAUCAGAUCUGCAAGCUUUCUUCUUCAUCUUCUGCAAAAAAAUGACUAUAUUGAGAAUAAACAGAAUAGAAUAAAAGCCUUUAAAGCAUGCAUGAGGAUCACAUGUCCUGACAGAUAAACCCCAGCAUGGCCCAAGGAUCAGGAUGGAGCUUAAUGGCUUCGGUCCUGUAUACCUGAAGGAGGAUCUCCUCUCCAAUUAUUCAACCUGGACACUGAGGUCCAACUCUGAGUGCCUUCUGGUGCUUCCCUUAUUGCAAGAAGUAAAGUUACAGGGAACUAGGCAGAGGGUCUCCUUGGUAGUGGUGCCUCACCUGUGGAAUGCCCUCCCGUUAGAUUUCAGAGAGAUAAACAAUUACAGUGGUGCCUCGCAAGACGAAAUUAAUCCGUUCCGCAAGAGUCUUCGUCUAGCGGUUUUUUCGUCUUGCGAAGCAAGCCCAUUGACGGAUUAGCGCUAUUAGCGCUAUCAGCUGUUUAGCGGCUAUUAAAGGCUUAAAGGCUUAGGGGAUUAGCUGCUAAAAGGCUAUUAAAGGCUAUUAAAGGCUUAGCAGAUUAGAUAAAGGGGGGGGAAAGCGAAAAAAAAAUCUCAAGACUCACAAGGUAUUUUCGUCUUGCGAAGCAGGCCCAUAGGGGAAUUCGUCCUGCGAAGCAACUUCAAAACGGAAAACCCUUUCGUCUAGCGGUUUUUCCGUCUUGCGAGGCAUUCGUCUUGCGGGGCACCACUGUAUAUGUCUUCCCGACAAUUGAAGUUUUUUUAUUUUAGUUUUUUAUUUUUAUUGGAUUAUGAUUUGAUAUGCUAAUUGGAUGUUUUUAUUGGAAAACUAAUAAACACUCUAAUAAAACAACAACAAUUAUAUGACUUCCCAAAGACAUCUUAAGGCAGCCCUGUACAGGGAAGGUUUUAAUGUUUGGUGUUUUACUGUGGUUUUAUAACUUGUUGGAAGCCUGCCAGAUUGGCUUGGGCAACCCAGUCAGACGGGGCCUUAAUAAUAAUAAUAUAAACAUCUGGAAGGCCACAUAUUCUCUUGUCUAUGCUUGAGAGAGCGGGCAGCUCUUCCUGACUACCGUCAGCUUUGGAUGUUGCAAAGGAGCAUGCGCUGGGUCCAGUGGGCGCGGGGACAGCCAGAAGGGUUGUUGUUUUUCAUUUCAUUUUCUGCAGUUUUUGGUGCUCUGCAGAAAGGCAGGAACCGUUAAAGGGCUGGGACUCUUGCCAAGCGAUCUAGGCAAGACAGGUAGAGGAGCCCCGAGAGAACAAAACAUUGGCAAAAGGGAGUCGGCCUAUAUUCAACUUCUGCAUAUCCAGCUGGCCCUGCCUACCUACCCCAACUUCCCCCGAACCUUCUACUGGGGUUUCUCACUUCUUCCAGCCACCUCCCACUAGUAACUGCCUCGCCACCCUGUCCAAUUGUGACAUCACAGGAAGUUUGUAGCCCGUGGCAACUGCUUAGGGAUGCAUCUGCACAGCCUCGCAUCCUGGUACUGUAAAGGGGAAUGUCAUGAACGUUACUUAGAUGUAUUUAGAAAUACCUUGAUUUAGAAGGUAGAAGAUGGCUUGCUUAUGCUCUGCUGUCCCCUUCAUUGCUGCUUUCGGGGAAAGCCUCGUUGGCUUGUGACAUCCAUGAAAGGCAAACACAGAUACGGUGAGGGGAUUGGCCCUCAUUCAACAGUUAUCAUCCAGCCACCUCCACUGGCCAGUCUGUCAACCUCCGCUGGCUUCCAUCCAUGAAUAUCCAGUGGUUCAUUUGCCCAGAACCUGGAGGGCAGCCUACACCGCUAUCUGAACAUGCAAUUCCCAGGCAUACUGUGUCUGGUGGGUGACCUAUGUCCACACUCUCCAUUCAUACUUACCUCAGCAUCAACCCACAAAUAUCCACACAGCUUUUGUCAGUGGUCUUCUGAAGGUGAAUUUCAACCAGCUUACGUUGACAAACUUCAGCCUCCUUCAUCCCUGCGGCAUCCUGGGCUUCCACAUGCUAAUCACAGCUUCUUUUUUUUAAUGAGAUAUUUAUUAAGAUUUUCAAAAUAUUACAAAAUAAAAAUAAAAAAAGAGAAAAAUACAAAAUAAAAAUGGUUAAAAACAACUCAAUCUUUCCAUUACUUAUUUUUCAUUAGCUUGUUUCCCGGACCUCCUCACGCCUCCCUUUUCUGUAUUCCAGUUCGAUUUGUUGGAUCAGCAAAUCCUUCCCCUCUUUGUUUAUCCUAGUCUUUAAUCUUAAAAUAUUGUAACGUUAAAUUUUUACCUAUUAGUAAUCCAUUUGUCAUAUUCCCUUAUAGUAUUACAGCUGAAAACCACUUAAUUUCUAUCCAGCAUCAUUCUAACAUUCCUUAAUUUUACAAUAUUUCUGUAAAUAGUCUUUAAAUUUCUUCCAAUCUUCUUCCACCGACUCUUCUCCCUGGUCUCGGAUUCUGCCAGUCAUUUCCGCCAAUUCCAUGUAGUCCAUCACCUUCAUCUGCCAUUCUUCUAGAGUGGGUAAAUCUUGUGUCUUCCAAUACUUUGCAAUGAAUAUUCUUGCUGCUGUUGUGGCAUACAUAAAAAAAGUUCUGUCCUUCUUUGGCACCAAUUGGCCGACUAUGCCCAGGAGAAAGGCCUCUGGUUUCUUCAAGAAGGUAUAUUUAAAUACCUUUUUCAAUUCAUUAUAGCUCAUCUCCCAGAAAGCCUUAAUCCUUGGGCACGUCCACCAAAGGUGAAAGAAUGUACCUUCAGUUUCUUUACAUUUCCAACAUUUAUUAUCGGGCAAAUGAUAGAUUUUUGCAAGCUUGACUGGGGUCAUGUACCACCUGUAUACCAUUUUCAUAAUAUUCUCUCUUAAGGCAUUGCAUGCCGUAAACUUCAUACCUGUGGUCCAUAACUGUUCCCAGUCAGCCAUCAUUAUGUUAUGUCCGACAUCUUGUGCCCAUUUAAUCAUAGCAGAUUUCACUGUUUCAUCCUGAGUAUUCCAUUUCAACAGCAAGUUAUACAUCUUUGACAAAAUCUUAGUUUUGGGUUCUAACAGUUCUGUUUCUAAUUUUGAUUUUUCCACCUGGAAACCAAUUUUCUUGUCCGAAUUAUAUGCCUCCAUUAUCUGAUAAUAAUGAAGCCAAUCUCGCACUUUGUUUUUUAGUUUCUCAAAACUCUGCAAUUUCAGUCUAUCUCCGUCUUGUUCCAGAAUUUCCCAAUAUUUCGGCCACUUGGCCUCCAUAUUGAGCCUUUUCAGAGCUUUCGCUUCCAUCGGUGACAGCCACCUUGGCACAUGCUAGUCAUAGCUUCUGCCAGGUCCAUCGGCAGCUUCCAACCAUGGAUAUCUGCCGCUUUUAAGCCGCGGUCCUGCUCAGCAGGUACACUUACGUACUCGUUGCUCCACAGCAUCUCAUUGAUGGAUGAUGGCCUCCUUCCAUUUGCCACUUCGCCUCCAUGCGGAAGGAGACCACCAAGUACUGAAUAACACAGCUGUUGUCCACUGUGUCCUCUUCAAGCUUUUGCCUUGGGCUUUCUCCUUGGGUUGCUUUUGUAUAUCAACUGAGCUUCCAUGUGCUUUUGUGACAUCACAGGAUAUCUACAGCCAAUAGCAGCAGCUGGAGAGGCAUCAUCAUCAUGACCUCCUCAGGCCUCACAAUGGUGUGUGGAGCUCAGCAGCCAUUUCCCCGUUGCUUGUUUGCUGUGUACAGCUCACUCCUUAUCUGUAAUGACACCAGAGAAAGGCAUGCCAUGAAUCCACCUUCCCAUUUUGAUUCUCUGGUGCCCUAUCUGCAUAACCUGGCAACCCCAAAAUAUAGAUGCCCUUUUACUCUUGCAAGGUUGAAUGUAUUGCCCUCGGCUGUACUUGAGGGACGAUUCUACCAGAUUCCACACAAAAAACGCUUAUGUCCCUGUGGAGAUAACAGCACCGAAUCGGUGGUGCAUGCCCUUCUGGCUUGCACUCUUUAUAAAGACUUGAGGAAUGAGAUUAUCACCCCUCUUUUAUUGCCCAUUCCGGGUCGCCCAACCACUGCCACAGAUGAGCAGGUGACAGCAAAGGUUGCAGGGCUUUUAGCUGGGGCAAUCAGAAUAAGAUCCACUAUUUGACUGUGUUUUAUAUAAUCUGUGUUUUAUAUAAUCAACUUUUUAUUUCUGUUUUGUGUAUAUUGCAAUGUUCUUUUGUUGCUAUGGCCUAUGGCUGAUGCAAAUAAAGUAUCAUGCUUUAAUUUUAAGGAUGCCUGAUUGCAUGCGAGUGCAGCAUGUCAAGUAUGGAAAGUAAAACCGAUAUAUUUUGUUGUUUGAGGUAGAACAGAAAGUGGUUGAGUCCACCACUGCAGUAUCCCAAGGCCAGCAGAGCUAUUUUGCUACCCAAGCAGAUGAUCCUACGAUCAUAUCACCCUGGGAGUAAAAAUACAAUAAUAAUGAAGGGUGACAUCCAAUAUUGUGUGAUCUGGUUUGUUCUUGUGCAGCAGCCCCUCCCUCUUUCCUGGCUGUAGUCAUGCUCCUAAAAUCUAUUUUAGGGUGUUGGGAGGAGUCCUUCUGGAGCAGAUUUUGGGUACGUAUGUAGCUACAGGGAGAAGGAAAGCAGACAUCUGUAGUGCAAGCGGGCAGUCAUAAUCAGGUAGCAACCUAAUCAAUUAACUAACAAUCUGCUUGUUUUUCUUGUUGCCCAAAUUCAGCCACUUGAGAAACGUGCCAUACACUGCCAAACAGUAAGGCCGGUCCGGAAAGCAUGUUUUCCCCCUUGCCAUCAUAGAGAGAUAAGAGCCAAAAGAGCGUAGAUUACGCUCAUGAUCCAAUAGCAUGAGCUGACCAACUUUUAUGUGUUCCGUGGGCAUAGCAUUAUAUGAAUCGUGCGUGGUGUAGUGAAAUACAGUACUGGGAUGUUCAUCCCCAUUUCAACUGCUCUGAGAGGUGCUGCUUACCUACAGGAAGAGUACAAAGCACACUCCUGCAAGGCACACCAUGUGCACCAUGUGCCAUUAAUCUAGAUACCUUUUUUAUUCCUUUCUAUUGGCAGUAGGCGGCUAUCCAGGGCACCCUGCAUGCCUCCAGUUCCCACUGUUAUGGAACUAUCAGUGCAAGCAGAGUGACAGUGAAAAACUCUGGGCUUGUUGUACUUUUUUUUGGGGGGGGGGGAUAGCAACCACUAUGUAUUGCUUCUCAGCAAUCAAACCAAAUUAACAACAAAAAAAAUCUUGACUUGAAUAAUUUCAUGGGUUUCCUUUUUUCAGAUUAACUGUUAAAAUGGGAAAAGAAGUUAAUAACCCACCUUAAUUUAUGUUAUAUUUUCCAGGAAACAGAUCCAUCUUUAUGUGCAAGCUCUGUAACUUAUUUUCCCCGAACCAGUCACAACUGCUGUCUCAUGUCUCGGAGAAGCAUUCCGAAGAAGGGAUUAAGGUGGAUGACAUCGUUAUUCCUCUCAGACCUCUUACGACGCCAGCAAAUCUAAAUAAAAACGGAGAAGGUACGGCCAGAAGUCGGCAAGGAUGCAAAUAAUUAUUACCGCUGUUCUUUGAGUUAUGUUAAAUUUAUAAAAUUGCUUCAGCCUCAGAAACGACCAGAUCCUCUGCUUAAUUCAUGACAGCAGGAAAGUCUUUUGCUUAAUUCAUGAACGCUUCCAACUGCAGUGAUUAAAUGUCUCUGCAUAAGGCAUGGAAAGCUUUGAUGGUUUCAUGAGUCUGCCAGAGGAUUUGUUUGUUUCAUGAAUUAUAAUAUUUGCUUAAUGUCUGCAACUUCAUAUGUUGAGCUAUCCCCCUUCCUUUUCGUAAAAGAAAAGAAGCCUUAAUGAAGCAACUUCACAGACUCAGCUUUGUGUGCCUAUGUGCAUGAAACCUCACACAGCUGCACUAACUGUUCCGCACCCCUGUUCACGAACAAGUACCCCCCCAAUCCAUUACGUUUCAUUCACAUUCAUCCCACAAUCCCCCAACACCCAGUUAUCCUGCUUUCUCUCCCUACCCCAGGACUUUCCUUUUCCUGCCACCUCUUCCUUUCCCUUCUCUGGUGGCCCAGCCACAGAAAAUGUCCUUCGUGAUGCUGUUGCAGGUGCCACACUCCUUGCUGGAGACUACAAGCUCUCUGCCACAUAAUCACCUCUCCUUGUUCCCUUCACAGUUGCGGCUGAAGUUGUGGCAUCACAACCACAAAGAGAUCAGGUGGUUGGGAGGCCAGAUGCUGUGGUUUGGCAUCUUUCCAGAGGAUGCUCUAGCUCAGCGAUGGCCAGACUUGGCCCUCCAGCUUUUUUUUGGAACUACAAUUCCCAUCAUCCCUGACCACUGGUCCUGUUAGCUAGGGAUGAUGGGAGUUGCAGUCCAAAAACAGCUGGAGGGCCAGGUUUGGCCAUUGGUGCGUUUGCACCCCAUGGCUGAGUGUCACAUAUGAACCUGCCUGCCUGGUGGCCAGUUAUAGUAGCAGCUGGGUUGCUGAAUGCCAAGCAAAGCAAGAGAAGGAAUGGGAGGCUACCUUCUGCAGGUCUAGAAUUGUUUUUGUGUGUCCAGAUGAGAAGUCGGUGUCUCCAGACAAGACUUCAGCCCCCAUAAUGUGGGUGCCAUUAUAUCUGCUGCAAGCCUGCCAUUACAGGGAGAAAAACCAAACUUCCAUCUGGCAAGGAGACAGCACUGCAGCUGUAACGCGUAGCAUGGCUCACAAUGUGGCAUGAUGUCCUCCUGUGAACGUCACCACUAGAAAUAAACGGCAGCGACGUGGAGGCUUUCUUUGUGACGGUAGCUAUCGCAUUCAAGUGGCAGGAGUUGUGGCCAUGGCUCAUUUACUUGAUAACCGACACAUCUUUUUGAAAGCUGAAUGUGCCCAACUUUGUGCCUAACUACCAAUGAGAGGGAAAAUUCAGGCUUUUCUUUGGAAAGCCACCAAUGCAACAAAAAAUAAAUAAAACUGCAGUCAUUUGACGAGCUGAUUGCCUGAAUGUUAUGUUGGUAUUUGCAAAAAUUUUUUAAAAACCUCUCCCCGUGAUUCAUUUCAGAUAAUAGCUCUCUUUUUAUGCAAAGACAGAACAAGGACUAUUCAUAAUUUAUAAUGGAAAAUUAACACUGGGGCUAUUAAGCAAUUUUUUUAAAAAAAGUAAAAAUAAAACCAUGCAGCAAAGGUUGAACAACUUUGCUGAUGACAACGCCAACUCCACCACCGAAAUAGGGUGACAAUUUCAACUUCUCAUUUUUAAGAACAACAUUGCCCCUGAUGAUAAAGGAUUCCAGGCUCGACGUCAUUAUGAAGGCUUCCUAAGCCCAGUUUGGCAACUGGAUUUUACAAAAGUUACCAGCUAAGCCAUCUGUGGCCUAGAAAAAGAGGGAAGGACCCACAUUUGCAAAGCUGUUCUGCUCAGUCGUCCAGAGGCAGUUCUUUCUUGGCACAGACAAUCUGGGGUUUUUUGUUUUUUACACACCUGCAUUAUUGUAUAAAUGAUCGCAAGGCUCAGGGGUCAGUGUACUGGAAGAAGCAUCUGUUAUUGCUUAUUGUUGAUUUUGGGUGAUAUCCAAUGUUACUCAGACUCGGCGCCAACCCAUUUAGCUUAAUUUCUGUUAUUUCAGUGGUUGGACUCUGGGUGUGACUAACAAUGGAUAUCACCCUUUAAUUAUUUUAUAUUGCAUUUUUUAAAUAUUGUAUUGUUUAUAAGUCAGCCAGGAUGGCUAUAAUAAAUCAAAUUAAUAAAUUAGAAAUACCUCCCAGCACAUAUCUAGGACUUGAUGUAUAGAUUAAAUUCAGUUCUGUUGCUCACUGAAUUAGCUGGCUAUUUGUUUGCAUUUGUGGUAAUUGCAGAUAUGGUAAUGAUAGUAUGGACAAUAAUAUUUCUAAUUUUGUUACCCUUUUCGGGCAUUCUUUUUUAAAGGGAGUGGUGUCACUCUUCUGACCCCCACACAUUCAUUUGGGGUUUACAAGACAUGUAGGCUCUGUUCUGAUCUCCAGUGAACAUCCAACAGAUAGAGAUUGAGCGACUCCUCCAUGUCUUGGAUUAUUUCACUUGAGUUGUGAUCUCCCUGUAUGCCAAAAGCCAUUGUGUGAUGAGCCAAUCGUUUACUGCUUGAAAAUCUUACCUUCAAGAAGAAGAAGAAGAGUUUGGACUUGAUAUCCCGCCUUUCACUCCCCUUCAGGAGUCUCAAAGCGGCUAACAUUCUCCUUUCCCUUCCUCCCCCACAACAAACACUCUGUGAGGUGAGUGGGGCUGAGAGACUUCAGAGAAGUGUGACUGGCCCAAGGUCACCCAGCAGCUGCAUGUGGAGGAGCGGAGACGCGAACCCGGUUCACCAGAUUACGAGUCUACCGCUCUUAACCACUACACCACACUGGCUCUCAAGUGGUGAUGCAAACUUGCUUCCACAGUGUAUAAUUUGUUAUAUGAUGGAAGGUAAAGAGCAUGUGUAGUUUUUGCUAUGGAAUUUUAAUGUCUCGUCUUGAGCUACCUCCCCAACCAUGGCGGGGAAAUAAUCUCCAGAUCUUUCUGUGCGUUUUGUGAAGUCCUGCUCCUUGGGGUAUCAAGACUUUGUGCGACUGUCAUUCAUUAGAGUUAUUGUUUUUGAAGCGCUCAAAACUAUCAAGGGUUCUACGAAGAUAAAAUCAGCAGGCUUGCAAUCUAUUCCUAGAUGCAAAUCAGCUAGCUAAACGUUACACCUACAACCACCGUCUGAUAAGAGUGAUUUUGUGUUGUUGGGUGUUUUUUUUAAACUUUUUUAAAUGGCAGCUUUGCUUUUCCUUUUGUGUAUGUGUGAAUAGCAGUAUAGCUUGUUAUGACUGUACCCAGUAGGUCCAUUCCCUGCCCCCCUCCGACACUUUCCCCUAUGUAUUCUGAAUCUAUACCAAAUAAUUAAUGAAGCUCAGUGCUCUAAAAAUCCAAGCACAUGUUAGUCACAUCCCAAGGGAAUAAUGAAAAUGUAGGGUGUGUUUUUUCCAGCACGGUAGCCACGGUUUUGCUCUUCUGCAGCAACAGCAUUUAAUCCUCCCCCCCCCCUUUUCCCAAUGCAUGCCUGUUAAAGAAUUUACAAAAUUACAUAAUUAUUAGAUGGCACUUGGAUGAAAAAUUUGCAUUGGAGAAAGAACAGUAUAAAGAUUUUUCUCUUGACAUGGUUUAUUUCUCAAUUUCUUUUUGAAAUGUCAUCUCUCUGGAUAUUAGUCUAGGCAGAAUGUGUUUUCUCCACUUAUGCAUGGCUUUGAGUGGCAUUUGCUGGCCUCCCGAAGUCUAGAUGACAAAAGAGCCGGUUCUCCUCAGCCGACAGGCAGGCAGGUUUCAUAAUAGAUUAGAUGAGGGCAGUGCUCGCUCUUUUCCUAUACUAGGAAUGGGGAGGCUGAGGCCCUGGGGUCCAAUGUGGCCCUCCAGACCUUUCUGCUUGGACCUUGGAACUGUCCCCAGGCUGCACACCCCCAAUGGUCUUGCUUUGAACCUGUCCCCCCCCCCCAAUCUGGCUGGAAUGUGCCUGUGAACUGCUAAUGCCCCUUGACUGAAUGGAGAAGAGAGAGAAGGGGGCGUGGGAUAUGUGUAGAAACAAAUACACAGGGAGAUUUUUGGCUUUGGCCUUGCUGACCCCUGGCAUGUGACCUUCAAAAGGUGCCCAGAAAGGAUUUCAGCUGUCGGACUGUCAAGGUUUCUGCACCCCUGCCCUAAAAACCUACAUCUUCACAUCUCAAAUGGAAAAUGAGGGGACAGAGUUAAAUGGACUGAACAAAAGCAGUAAACUUUGGGGGGAAAUAUAACCCUGCCAUGGUCAGUCAAGGCAAGGUCUCCCUUUGGAGACUUGCUGCCCACUAUGAGACCCUAGAAAUAACUGCUUAGAGAAAUCCAGACCCAAAAACAAAUGUUUAGAUUUUAAUGUGCACAGCUUUAGAAUCGGAAGUUCCAGAGAGCUCCUUGUCUUAAUAUUUUUCUCUCAAGGGCUGUCACGAGGAAGAGGGAACAAGCUUGUUUUCUCCUGUUCUGGACAGUAGGACUCUGUUGGGUUGAAAUAAACGACAGACGAGUGACAAGUGUCAUAUGGGAGGCAUCUACCGAGCAUGUCUCGGAGAGUCCCUUUUAUUGAAUAUUACAGCAUUGCCACAUAUGUGCUUGUUGCUGAUUGGUUAACACAAAUACAAUGCAAGGACAUUAAUCAUCAAUAGAUUAAAGGUUGGGAAAGGGAACACAUGGUUAGACAGGUAUGAAAACCUCCUUAUUAAACUAUUACUAGUGAUUGAUAUUGCAUGACUUAAAAGAACAUAACCAUCGCGUUCCGUAGACGUGGUCAACCAUGCAUUAAGAACAGGUCAGGGUAUGAUGUUUCAUGAACUCAAUGUGAACUGAACAUUCUAGGGUGGAUGAGGACUCAUGUGCAGAAGCAGAACUUCCCAUCAUCUCCCCCUUCCUUUUUUUUUUUGCGAAAUGUUGCUUUGUGAUUUCAGGGUGGAUGGGACAAAAAUACUUCGGGAUACGUGGUUUGCCAGCGCAUGCCCGAAGUAAGUCUGCCCACAUCUCCCCUAUUAUUUACUGUUGGUGCUGCCACUUCGCAAAGUAGGCAGCAAUGAUUUUAUUAGGUGGCUGAGGAGGCUGUUGGCUUCCAGUUAUAAGAAAUGAGGUUCUGACUAAGCGUCAGGAUGAACUUUCUGACAUUAAGAGAUGUUCAACAGUGGAACAGACUCCCUCGGAAGGUGGAGGACUCUCCUUCCUUGGAGAUUUUUAAGCAGAGGUUGAAUGGCCAUCUGACAUGGAUGCUUCAGCUGAAAUUCCUGAUGAUCCUUGGACUAGAUAACCCUUGGGUCCCUUCCAGAUUAUAUGAUUCUGUGACUCCAGGGCUCAUUGGUGCUCCAGUCUUAGCUACCCUAUCCCCUUGUAAAGCUGCACCUCCUGCACAUAAAUGCAAUAUCACAAGGAAGAAACAUGGUAUCUUGGCUGCUGCUAGAAGCAGCAAGUGCUUGGGACACAGGGCAGCCCUUUGGGGUAUAAUCUUGGGACUUGGGCUGGCCGACCCCAUAAUCCAAACACCAAACCUGUAGUACAGGCUUCCUCAAACAUGGCCCUUCAGAUGUUUUGAGACUACAAUUCCCAUCAUCCCUGACCACUGGUCCUGCUAGCUAGGGAUCAUGGGAGUUGUAGGCCAAAAAAACAUCUGGAGGGCUGCGUUUGAGGAAGCCUGAUAUAUUAAAUCUUAGGAUACUCAAAUACAGGAACAGCCUUGAGGUUAGGCACUCAUUCUGAGCACAAUUCAAAGUGUUGGUGCUGACCUUUAAAGCCCUAAACGGCCUGGGUCCAGUAUAACUGAAGGAUCGUCUCCACCUCCAUCGUUCUGCCCGGACACUGAGGUCCAGCGCCGAGGGCCUUCUGGCGGUUCCCUCUCUGUGAGAAGCCAAGUUACAGGGAGCCAGGCAGAGGGCCUUCUCGGUAGUAGCGCCCGCCCUGUGGAACACCCUCCCACCAGAUGUCAAAGAGAAAAAUAACUACCAAACUUUUAGAAGACAUCUAAAGGCAGCCCUGUUUAGGGAAGCUUUUAAUGUUUAAAAGGUUAUUGUAUUUUAGUGUUAUGUUGGAAGCCGCCCACAGUGGCUACGGGACCCAGCCAGAUGGGCGGGGUAUAAAUAAUAAAUUAUUAUUAUUAUUAUUAUUACUCUUGGGACGAACUCGCCCAUUACCUGUUGAAAGAACAGCGUAGGUGCUCAUUAAGAGCCACGCACAGCUGUUUGACGACUUCUUAACAUUCCUCCCAACAGAGCUCCUCGUAGUGAAGAGGAAAAGAGGCAGGCCGAAAGGAUCGACCAAGAAAUUUUACGCUGAUGAAGAACUGACAGAAAGCAGCAACUGCGCUCCAAGCGAGGCUGCUCCAGUGGGACCCGAGGAAGGAGGGGAGUUGGCGGAAGUUCCGCCAGGCAACCUGGAAUGCCGGAAGUGCAACCGGAAAUUCUCUAAUUCCCGGCAGCUACGGAAGCAUAUCUGCAUUAUCGUCAAACCCGAAGAUUUGGAGGAGGAAGGUGAUGCAGGUAGAUGAGCUUUCUCUUGUCUUUUUCUGAAGGCAUGUGCUGUGAUCCACAGAAGAACAAUACGUCUGCAUGUGGGGAAAGCCGACAUACACAAAGUUGGUGUUUUCGUUUGCUAAGUCUACCGUUGUGGCUCCUGUUGCCAGCCAGGCAAGGUGCUGUUGAACGUUAAGGAUCAUUUAGGAUUGAUUGGGCCUCUGGGCAAAUUCAGGAGAACCAUGGUCUUACACAGUUUGGCUUGACAACUGUAGAGAGGUAUUGGAAGGUUACAGAAAGGAGCCGUAACACUCAAACUGUAUUUGAUGGAUGACUUUGAAGCACUUAGGCAGGGCAUACGCCUUGGUUCAAAGCAGAGUUAGAAGCUCAGAUAUAGAAGCUAGGCACCAAAUUGCUCCGUAAACCAGGGCUACAGUCACCAUUGGGGGGCCAGACAGCUCGGAAGUUGUAUUCUUCAAAUUUUUGGUUCCUGAAAUUCAUUCGGAUUGUGCAGAUAAAAGUAUAACUGAUAGAUUUCUACAGGAUGGGGUAUUAGUAUGUGAAAACUGUGAAGAUCCUCGGAUCCUCAGGCAUGCGCCUCCAGGCCUGGCGCCAUCCUGGCACCCAGGCAUCUUCAGUUUGUUUCAAGAGGCCGAUAGCCACGUGCAAAAUGCACCUGGUGAAUUUUGGUUCAAAGUAGGUACGUCACACCAUUUAUAUAGGUACCUUCUUGCAUUUGUGGGCUGUUUUCAUUUUUAGUUAAGCACCCACGUUGACUUUGUACUUGCAAGGUAAUUUUGAGUAUAUAUGGAAAUUUUCCACUAAAGCUGGUUGCCUAUGUUGCUUUCCCCAGAGAUUAAUUUAUAGGUAGCGUUGGGUAGUAUCUGGUGCUAUGAGAUCUAAAUAAAGCUGGCAGGACUUAAAAGGAGCUUUGGGGGGUAAUGUUCUUUGUUUUCUGCUUUAUUUUAUUGCUUAAGGAAGCCGUCUGGUUGCCUCAUUUGUGACAUGUGUCCCUUGUCUCCUCCACAUGUUAUUUUCAGCAGUACUAUUAUACUAUUCUAGCAUAAUGGGAUUAGUAAAUGCUUUUAAAUGUGAUCUUUAUGUACAUCACUGAAACUCACUGUCCUUGUCCCACAAGCUCAUUAAAACCAUAAAAUGUGAGCUUGAUAACAGUUUCUUACAUAGACUACUCAUGGUUUUUCCAGCUGAAAUUGGUUUCUGCUUUUAUAGAAGAAAACAACUUUUCUGUCUGCAGGUGAUGAGAAAAAUAAACCAGUCCAUGUCAUGCAGGAAAUUAAUUCUUGCCACUGCCCAAUGCCUUCUUUUUGAUACUGACAUAAAAUACGGCCUAGCUUGGGAUAGCCAAUGGGUUGGCCUCCAGAUGUUGGACUACAACUCCCAUCAUCUCUGACUGCUGGCCAUGCUGGUUGAUGGGAGUUGUAGUCCAUCAGCAUCUGGAGGCCAACCCAUUGGCUAUCCAUGCACUGGAUCUUUUGGACAAUGCCCAAGGGGCAUUUUCCAAGCUGUGAGAUGUUGGUUUGAUUGUAUUACGUUGUUAACAUUCUGCCUACCAACCUUUUUAAGGCUUCAGAUGCGUCUAAGCCUUUGGUGAGACAGUAUCUUCCCAAACUCAGCUAGAAAGGCCCACUGGGAACUGUCAAGAGCUUUGGCUUUCCAUGCCUCACUCCACCCCAAUCUGACCCAGAAGAGGCUCUGGUUUUCAUUGCCUUUUUCCCUGAGAGGGCUUCAGAUUCCAACAGAACAGGGUACUCUCCAGCUCAGGAGGAGAAAGAGAACUCCCUUGUAGAUGCCUAUCUAAGGCAACCCAUAUUAUCUGGUUCCAGGACCUGAAAAAUGGUUGGUUGACUGAUCAGGGUGAAGCUUAAAACCAACAGUGGUGUCCUAGGUGCCCUGUUUAUUAUGUCCACUUGGCCAGGAAUUAGAUCAAAUGGCCCACGUAACACCAAGCCACCGGUCAUCAUUGCACACCUGGUUCAAACGUUACAAAAAUAAUUGUUCCCUCUCCAUUUAUAUAUAUAUAUAUUGCGAAAAUGGCAACUGUCCUGCAGGGGAGUGGUAGUAAAGAUUUUAAACAAAACGAAACCCCAAACGCUCCAAUGAAGAGCAAGUUCAAAGUGUGCCAAUUAAAGCACCAAAACAUGCACUGCAGAUUCACCAGGGAGCCUCCUCCAAUUACGAAUGCACGACACACAGCGAAGGAACCAAUUAGGGACGCUGAACAGAAAAUAUUGAUGGCUUCAACAGUCUAGCUCGAAAUGCUGUUGAACAUACUGAUUCAUAUGUCAUUGACAGCUGCCUUCCUCAACAGUAGAGACGUGAACAUCCCAUAAAUGGGAGUCUAAAUUCAGAUGCAGCAUAGCAUUAAAUUACUUGUGCAUGCCACACUGGGAUUUAAAUCGCAUAGAUCUGGAUACAGGAGGUCAGUUUAUUAGUUUGCCAAAUCAAAGUGCCAGCUGUUCAAACUGAUUGCUUAAUGUUCCUUAGGAAUGCAGAACCAGGGUAAAGACUAUUCAUCUCAAUCAGGCUGUUGCGAGGGGGGAAAAAUUCUCAAAAAAACCCCCACAUUUGUUUUAGUCAUUCUAAGUCGAAUGGGCUUGCCGUUCAUCCACAAACAGCUUGUAAAUAUAGAUGGAAGGCAGAGGAGGAGAAAGCAAAAAGUCCAGAUUGUGAGGAACUGGGCAAUGCACCCACUAACAGGGCUUUUGUGGGGCUCCUUCCCCUGCAGCUGUCAUCUGGUAGGGUUGCUCAAGAACUUUGGCCAAAAGCGUCUUUUUUUAUUGUUGUUGUUGUUUAGUUGUUUAGUUGUAUCUGACUCUUCGUGACCCCAUGGACCAGAGCACGCCAGGCACUCCUGUCUUCCACUGCCUCCCACAGUUUGGUCAAACUCAUGCUGGUAGCUUCGAGAACACUAUCCAACCAUCUCGUCCUCUGUCAUCCCCUUCUCCUUGUGCCCUCCAUCUUUCCCAACAUCAGGGUCUUUUCCAGGGAGUCUUCACUUCUCCUGAGGUGGCCAAAGUCUUGGAGCCUCAGCUUCAGGAUCUGUCCUUCCAGUGAGCACUCAGGGCUGAUUUCCUUCAGAAUGGAGAGGUUUGAUCUUCAUGCAGUCCAUGGGACUCUCAAGAGUCUCCUGCAGCACCAUACUGUAUUUUUCGCACCAUAGGACGCACCGGACAAUAGGACGCACUUUGUUUUAGAGGGGGGAGAACAAGAAAAAAAAAUUCUCCCCCUCUCUGCCCAGCGCCCCUUCAGCGAAGUGGCAGGAGGCGCUGUGCAGAGAGGGGAGAACUUUCCCUCUUGUUUUCCCGCUCUAAAACAAGGUGCCGUUAAGGUGCGUUCAGGCGGCUACCUUGGAAGCCUGGAGAGCGAGAGGGGUCGGUGUGCACUGACCCUCUCGCUCUCCAGGCUUCAGGUUCCUUCGACCUGCUCUUUGGGACUGGCGGGGGGAAGCCCACCACCAGCCCCAAAGAGCAGUUCAGGGAGCAGCGGAGAGGCUCCUGCCAUAGCCGUGCGUCACCUCUCCAGCCGGGAGAGCGCGCGCGGGGCUAAAGAAGCCAUAGCCCCGCGACCCUCUCCUGGCUGGAGAGGUGACGCGCGGCUAUUGAGGCUCUUGCCAUAGCCACCCGUCACCUCUCCAGUCGGGAGAGCGCGCGCGGGGCUAAAGCAGCCCCCCGCGACCCUCUCCCGGCUGGAGAGGUGACGUGCGGCUAUGGCAGGAGCCUCUAUAGCCGCCCGUCACCUCUCCAGCCGGGAGAGCGCGUGCGGGGCUAAAGCAGCCCCCCGCGUCUUCGCUCCAUAGGACGCACACACAUUUUCCCUUCAUUUUUGAAGGGGAAAAAGUGCGUCCUAUGGAGCGAAAAAUACGGUAAUUCAAAAGCAUCAAUUCUUCGUCAUUUUCAUUAUGGCAACCCUAUCAUCUGGCCAUCAUAUACUGUACCCAGUACCCUCGUCUCUGCUCACGGUAUCGUUCACACUCUCCAACGGUAGUGAAGUUCUACUUCCUCCCCAUAGUGUUACCUAUGUUAACCCCAUUUCAAAUGCCAUUUCCCACCUUUGCAAGCAACCUCACUGUGCCCGUUCAGUUCUUGCACUGAAGCCCCCCCCCCCUCCUGGAUCGCAGGCUUCGAUUGCAAAGCUUUCUGAGGUCGCAAAAUUGUUCCCCGUCUGCUUCCUGAUUUUGGUAUUUUAGAGCUCCCUUUACCCCCAUGUCAAAGUGCACGAGGGACAGUAGCAAACAUUUUGCAGGCUGGUUCCUUUUACAAGAACAGAGUGGAGCACCCAGGGAAGCCGCUGAGGGUGAAACUUUGCCGCGCAAGAUGAGAAUCCACAUGUUCCUCCUUUUACCUUCUUUCCGAUGUUUGCUCUUUAGGUAAUGAUUCUGACGUUGACCUUGACAGGAGGGAAGAUGAGCGAGAAAGAACGCCAAAGAGGCAACGGCUUCAGAGAACCGAGAAGAGCCUUUCAGCGAAGGACGCAGACCAGCUCUCGGGAGCUAAGAAUCCUAUUAUAAGUGUAGUUCUGACAGCCCACGAAGCAAUUCCAGGUAACUGUUAACUGUUCCCUCCUAGAAACUUUUACUUCAGGAAGCCAUUAAAAUAAAAUGAACAGCUCCAAACAUUUGCAAUCUGAAGCAGACCUCAUAAUUCCCUUUAUCUCAUCAUAAAGAUUCACCCCCCCCCAUGUAGCUCUUAAAUUGUAGGCAUCUGCAUUGCUGCAAUUGCAGUUCAGAAUCUUGAGAAUCUCUAAUUUCAUUUCAUUUUAUUUUUCUUUCGGUUAUCAAGAUUGCAGAGGGGGACAAAUAUUGAAGACAUGGCAGAAUAGGUGAUUCACAUCAUGAUUUCAAUCAGCAAGGGGAAAAAACCUGGUUUAAAAUUAUUGAUUUCAAUCAAGUUUCCUGUUGAUACUUUAUAUGUUUCCUAAACAGUGGUGCAAAUUUGACCAUUUCCUUUGGCCCCUUGUCUUAAGGUAUUAGCUCACAUAAAUAUUUACAGUUUCUUUCUUUUUUUGUUUAAAGAUAUGUACUAUUAUUGCAUGCUGCCAUUUCUCUAAGGAGCUCCAAAGCUGUGUGUGAGUUUUUCACAAUGUUCUACUUGCAAAAGUGCACACACAUUUUUUGUUAACCAUGCAUAGCCCCAGAACUCAGCAGUCUGCAAAGAUUUUACAAGCUGACAUCUCAUUUCAAUCCUGAAUCAAGUACAGUCUUAAACUUUGACCAAAAGUCUUUUGGGAAGUAGAAGGGGGCAGGGAGAAAGGCCAGACAUCACCUGCUCUUUUCUCCAGCAACACAAGACACCAUUAGGCUUUUGAGAUGUAGAUAAACAAGUUCUUCCCUCCCCUUGUUUUGUACAGCGGUGGAUUUCAAGCUGUUGUUCUGAUGUUAGAUGUUCCAGAACAGUGGAAGCUGGAGAUUUUUGCAGGUUUUGUCAUGCACAGAUUAUUGCCUCUCUCUUUCUCUCUCACCCACAUUGAUUUCGCCGAUGCAUCUAUAGCAGUGGUUUUCAACCAGUGUGCUGUGGCACCCUGGGGUGCCUUGAAUGAUGGUCAGGGGUGCCAUGGGCAACAAUGACCUCUGUCCCUCUUUCCUUCCCUCCCUCCCUUCCUCUGAUGCCCUCUUGCACCUCUGCCUCCCAAAGAGAUCUGUCCUGAGAGAUCUGCAUUGGCUCCCAGUACGUUUCCGAGCACAAUUCAAAGUGUUGGUGCUGACCUUUAAAGCUCUAAACGGCCACAGUCCUGUAUACCUGAAGGAGCGUCUCCACCCCCAUCGUUCAGCCCGGACACUGAGAUCCAGCGCCAAGGGCCUUCUGGCGGUUCCCUCAUUGCAAGAAGUGAGGUUGCAGGGAACCAGACAGAGGGCCUUCUUGGUAGUGGCACCCACCCUGUGGAACGCCCUCCCUUCAGAUGUGAAGGAAAUAAGCAGCUAUCUUAUCUUUAAAAGACAUCUGAAGGCAGCCCUGUUUAGGGAAGUUUUUAGUAUUUAAUGCUGUAUUGUUUUAACACUUGACUGGGAGCUGCCCAGAGUGCCUGGGGACACUCAGCCAGAUGGGCGGGGUAUAAAUAAAUUAUUAUUAUUAUUGCACAGCUAUUGUUCCAGUAGCCCUGGCUACAAGCUCCCCAGGCAGAUGGUGUCUCCAGGGCUGUCCAGAGGGUGCUUCCCAGGCCCCUGUGGGGCAGUGUGAGGAGGCACCUCUCUUUGAGGCAGGGGGACGGAAAGCUCAGAGAACAGGGGCGGCAGCAGCGGCUGCCCAGAAAACUCCCAAGCAGAGGGGAGAAGAGAGGAACCCUCCACAAGGGAGGGUGUUUAAAUGGGGUGAGGGGCUGCUGACUCUGCAGGCAAGGGGUGACAUAACUGGGCUCCUGAGCCCCACAGGGGGGUCGCUGAAAGGAAGUAGUUGGUCAAGGGAGCUGGGGACCCAAAAAAGGUUGAAAACGUCUGAUCUAUGGAGAUGUUUAGGGCACUGUAACUUUUUUCUUUCCACAAACCCAUAAAGACAUUACUUAAAUAAUGCAAAAUUUCCCCAGAGAGUUUCACCAGACAGAAAAAGAGAGAUUUAUUUCAUAAGGUUUGCAGCUGGCAUAUAUAAGAUAAACUCAUGCAUGUCCCCUGCCCGCUUUGACUACAGUAGAUCAUCUGAAAUGCAGGUUCACAUUAUUUAAGCUGCAGGGAUUUUGUUAUGCCUUAACACUCGGUGUCAACCUUUCAUCUGAGCUGAAUACACUUCACAAUUGCCCCUUUCUUCUUCAGAUGUUCUGUAAUAAAAUCCUGAUAGAAGAUGCCAUGUAAGCUUUCGAUCCUCCUGGAAGAACAGUGAGAGGAAAGACAGAGCAUUAGUAGUCUCUCUUUUCUGGGGUAUUGAGAAGGGUGUCCUGAAAUGCUUGCAUAACUUUUAUAUUAGCUGCUCAAUCCGCUCGUUUUUCAGUGACACUCAGUAUCAGGUUGAGAGGCAUUCUUCACCUUUUUGGCAUGAGACUUGGGCCAAAUUCUUUUCAUCAGAUCUGACUGAUUGCAAUUUUCUAGUCGGAAGAGGUCAGACGCACAAACAGAGCAAUCCAGUAUUCCUAUUAUGCUGGACCAGGGAUAGUUUGCUGCUACUCCAGCAGAGUGGCUGCAACAUCCAACGUGUGCUCAGUCAUGGAGCGAAGCAGAAAAAACUCACAAGUAGAAAGCAUGAGAAACAGUGUAAAAAUUACUGAUGGAUCCACAGCACCCCUGGAAAUACUGUACAACUAUUAUGCGCCAAGCUGGGACCGUACUGGUCACGAUGCCCAAAUCCUGCAUUUAUACAGAGGGAGCCAUAAAACCCAUGCUGCAGACAUCACAAGAGUAGGGAAAUGCAGAGUUAGGGACUCUGCUCUUAUCUGAGGCUAAACCUUGGCAGGAGGAAGAAAGGAAUAAAGAAGCAUUUUGCUUUUCCCAGCUGCUGCAGCAGUUUUAAGGACAAAUAUGAGCGCAAUAAUUCCUUGCUAAUAUUUUCCUGCUUUUGAACAUAGACCAGGUGAUUAUACAUAAUAUUCAACAGGCAGUAUUUCUGUUUGGUGUAUGUAUUUAUCCUAGUCUUCCCUAACCCAGUGCCCUCUGGGUGUUGCUGGACUACAACUCCCAUCAACCCUGACCAUCAGUCAUACUGACUGGGGCGGUUAGGAGUUGAGGCCCAAAUAUCUGGAGUUGUGACCCAGAACAUCUGGAGGGCACUAAACUGGGGAAGCCUGCCUUAUUCUAUUGUGAGUGCGCACACGCGAGCGGACGCACACACACUUAAAAUCUCAGUGUGCAGGUGAUCUUUUUUAAAAACUGAAUUGUGUGUGUUUAUUUUGCUUGUAGGAGCUACAAUAAUAGUUCCAGUCGAGGCUGCUGCUACUCCUGAAACAGAACAGCCAGCAAACCCAGAGACAGCACCGCCAGACUCCUCUCAGCGAAGGGGCUACCAGGAAUAUGCCAUUCAGCAAACCCCUUACGAGCAACCGAUGAAAUCAAGCAGGUAACUUCCAUUUUCAAAACAAGUUCUGUUUCACUCCUUGCAGAAACACUGCAUAACCUUAAAGCGACCGAAGGGAACCAACCAGCUGAAGCCAGGCUUCCAGAAAGAUGAUCCUGGAGGGUAUAGAAAUUUAAUUAACACAUAAAUAUUGUCGAUUUCAUUACACAGUGUAAGUAUGCUUUUUUAAUAAAUGCAUCCAGUGGAAUUUGCUGCUUGCCUCGUAUUGGUCACGGGGUCCACAAGGCAUAGUUUUUCAGGUGAUUAGCAUGACUUAAGAUUGUAUGAGGACAGUAUCUGGUGAUGUAGCCCAACAGGUAGGGAACAAGGAAGAAAUGGGAGGGAGGGAGGGAGCAUGAGGCCAGAGGGGGACUACAGGGCGCAAGUCAGUUGCAGGGUGCUUGGGCCAGAUCCACCUGACCCAGGAAGGUUCAUACGGGACUUCUGGCCAAUCAGAAUGGGGAGCCAAUCAAGGGGGCAAAAACAUCCCCAAGUGCAGCCCCUUCCUCAGGUUUCUGUGUUGUCUAUGUCAAUUAUGAGAACCUAGAUCCAUCUGGUAGACCAGAUCCCUAUCUUCCCUACACCCACAGACCCAAGUCUGCCAGUUGGGCUGGGCCACCAACCUGUCAAUCACCUGAUGUCAUUAUGACAUCACACGAACCAUUUUUGCCCACACACUUUGAAAUCGACCUGUGCAGGCAAAGGGACAGCGCUGUGCAGGUCCUGACAGCCAGCUGUUGGUUCUGUGCAUGAGACUUUGCAGGUGCCACUGAUCGGCAAACCUCUUGUCAUUCCAGCUGUGUCUUUACCUGCCUCACACUUGACAAGACAGGUGGGCAUGGCUUGGUCAGAACAGCCUCAUUGGCCAAAUGGGGAGACCUGGCAAGUCAAAUUAGAGCUGGAUGUUCCCCACUUUUGGUCUAUGAGUAUCUCUUCCAUGUCAGGACCUUCUAAAUCCCCAUACUCUAAGAUAUAAUUAUGAUAGAGUGCUUGAUAUUUAUUGUAUUUUUGCUCUUUCCCCCCUUUUCUCUCCUCUUUCUGGUAUUUUUUCUUAUCUCUCUUCCUUAGAUUAGUUUGGUUUUUCUUGCAUUUCAUGCUGAAAACAUUGAAUAAAAAUUGAUUAAUAAAAUACAAUAAAUUCCCACAAUCUAAUCUGGCAGAGAGAUUUGUUGAGAAAUGUGCCCCCUCCUCUCCACUGGUGACAUGGGGCUGUCCAGAACUGAGGAUGCACUUUUAUGAAACAGAUUCUAGGGUUGUCAAGAGUUUGUUUAAUACCUCCAAGUUAGAAAAGAAAUAAAUGUUGAGCUCAACCUGAAAGUGACUGGCAGCCCUAUUGUUGGCUAGCUAGUUACUGAACAGCAGCAAAAGGCAUUUCUACCAACUUAUUUCUUGGAAUUGGCAAAGUACCAGGGUGGGGGAUCAAGUAAAACUGGGAGAAAAGUUGUCUCCUUCCCUUUCUGACCAACAGGAAGCAUAGAAGGGCAGAGAUAGGAGAAACAGUCAUCCACUCAGCCCCAACCAACCUGGUCUUGAAAGUUGGCCGACUUUGAAAUGCCUGCCUUAGCGGCGUAAGCGAUUUGUGUCUCAACCCCGUUUCUCUUUAGGUUGGGCGCAACCCAGCUGAAGAUCUUCACCUGCGAAUACUGCAACAAGGUGUUCAAGUUCAAGCACUCCCUCCAGGCCCACCUGAGGAUCCACACCAACGAGAAGCCUUACAAGUGCUCGUUCUGCAGCUACGCCAGCGCCAUCAAGGCCAACCUGAACGUCCACCUGCGGAAGCACACGGGGGAGAAGUUCGGCUGCGACUACUGCCCCUUCACCUGCCUGAGCAAAGGCCACCUCAAGGUGCACGUGGAGAGAGUCCACAAGAAGAUCAAGCAGCACUGCCGCUUCUGCAAGAAGAAGUACUCGGACGUCAAGAACCUGAUCAAGCAUAUCAAGGAAGCGCACGACUUGCAAGACAAGAAAGUGAAGGACGUCUUUGACGAGCUCCGGCUGAUGACCCGCGAAGGGAAGAGGCAGCUGCUGUACGACUGCCACAUCUGCGAGCGCAAGUUCAAGAACGAGCUGGACCGCGACAGGCACAUGGUGGUCCACGGGGACGAGAGGCCCUUCGCCUGCGAGCUGUGCGGCCACGGAGCCACCAAGUACCAAGCGCUCGAGCUUCACGUCCGAAAGCACCCGUUCGUCUACGUCUGCAGCGAGUGUUCGAAGAAGUUCGUCAGCUCCAUUAGGCUCCGCUCGCACAUCAAGGAAGCGCAUCGGGACUUGCAGGAGGCUUCCAUUUUUAACAGCUCCAUCAACCGGAGCUUUUGCCUCCUGGAACCAGGAGGGGACAUUCAGCAAGAAGCCCUUGGGGAGGAGUUGUCGCAGACCGCGGCUGAGCUCUCGCUUUUAAACUCGAAGGAGCUGUGUAUACCGAAGAAGUUGGGCAAAUCGAGUGCGGCGGAAGGAAGCCAGGAUGAGGACCCCGGUGGCAAUUUGGAAACUUUCCCUGCUCCUCCUGUAGAACCUGAUAGCUCUCCAGUUGCAAGCGGAACAGAUUCACAGUGCCAGCCUGCGGCAGAAUUAGCCUCGCCAGAUGCGUGCCCAAUUAGCGCUUCGGAUGACCUUCUGCAGAAAAGUGCUCCUUCGGCUUUGGAUGAAGCGGAGACCCUCCCUGGAAAGGACUUGUCUCCUGACCGUUCAUUAAAUUCGAAAGGCGAAGUAAUGCAGAUUUCUGGAGAUGGGAGCCCCAGUAUAAACCAGAACGAGCAAGUUCUGCAGUGUGCUCCUGUCCCUGAAGAAGAGGGCCAAACCCUCUGUCUAGGUGCUCAGGAAGCUGACAAGUCAGCUGCUGAAAAGGCAGACUCCCCCACGCCAAUGUCCCAUCCGGAAUCCAACACCGCCAUCAGCGAGAAUUCAGAUUCUUGCACAUUGCCUUCAGAGAAUCGGACCGGAGCUGCGGCCUUUAUGCAGAUUUUGGAUAGUUUGCAAAAACGGCAGAUGAAUACCGCCUUGUGUGAGAAGAUCAGGAAAGUCUACGGAGACUGGGAGUGUGAAUACUGUGGUGAGGAGUAUGCAGAGUCUGGGGGGUGGGGGAAUAAAAUAUACAAGGGAAUCCAGGCUUAUGUACUUCCUGGCUUACGUAGUUUUGUGGAAAGCUUUGGUGGGGUUGUUGUUUUUUUUACUUCCUGCUGAGAAAAACAAAACAAAAACCAAGUUCGCUUCUGUGUUAAUAGAUCAAUAGUUGUGAGCACUCUGGAGGUGCAAUGGGGCAGACUGUUCUCUUCCAGCAAGAGGGGCUAUGUGCCAGGUGUAAUAGCGGGGAAAGAGGCAGGCAGCAGAACUAGUGAGAGCAGUGAAGCUAAAAAGAGGUUUGACAAGCUAGAAAAGGAGCUGGAACAGGUCAGAGAAGGAAGGAUAAGGCAGGGCUAUAAACUGCACACCUGAAAGGAGAUUGCAGCACGGACAAUCAUUUUACAGAAAGAGAUGUAUGCAGUGGAAUGGGCAAGAACCAGUCAUGGUGGAAAGGGGCAGAGCAAGAUUAAGAGCCAGUAAAACUAUCUGAGUUUGGGGGGAUUCACUGAGCACAACAGAGGAGCAGUGGAUCUCAGGACCUCUCUUGUAUUUAUUUGCCCUAUGCCAGUUUAGUGGCCUUUCCAACUUAUGUCUUGACUAGCAGUAACUUAUCAGGCAAAGAACUUCCCUCGCCCUGAUACCUGUGCAUUUUGAUUUGACACCUUGGGUGUCUUCUUGUGGCGAACAGUUUAGGAAGCUGCUUAGGAAGUUGAGCCCUCAGCGAGUCUUAUUGUGUACAGUGGUACCUCAGGUUACAGACGCUUCAGGUUACAGGCGCUUCAGGUUACAGACUCUGCUAACCCAGAAAUAGUACCUCGGGUUAAGAAUCAUAGAAUCAUAGAAUCAUAGAGCUGGAAGAGACCACAAGGGCCAUCGAGUCCAACCCCCUGCCAAGCAGGAAACACCAUCAGAGCACUCACAUAUGGUUGUCAAGCCUCUGCUUAAAGACCUCCAAAGAAGGAGACUCCACCACACUCCUUGGCAGCAAAUUCCACUGUCGAACAGCUCUUACUGUCAGGAAGUACUUCCUAAUGUUUAGGUGGAAUCUUCUUUCUUGUAGUUUGGAUCCAUUGCUCCGUGUCCGCUUCUCUGGAGCAGCAGAAAGCAACCUUUCUCCCUCCUCUAUGUGACAUCCUUUUAUAUAUUUGAACAUGGCUAUCAUAUCACCCCUUAACCUCCUCUUCUCCAGGCUAAACAUGCCCAGCUCCCUUAGCCGUUCCUCAUAAGGCAUCGUUUCCAGGCCUUUGACCAUUUUGGUUGCCCUCCUCUGGACACUCCUCUGGACACUCCUCUGAAUUUUGCUUCAGGAUGAGAACAGAAAUCUUGCAGCGGUGGCACGGCGGCAGCAGGAGGCCCCAUUAGCUAAAGUGGUGCUUCAGGUUAAGAACAGUUUCAGGUUAAGAACGGACCUCCAGAACGAAUUAAGUUCUUAACCCGAGGUACCACUGUAUUAAAUUUAUAUACAGCUCUUCAUCUGAAGAUCUCAGGACAGUCCACAGCAGGAAAACAACCAAAUAGAACCACAAAGUACACAAUGAAAAUAAGAACAUAAGCAAGGCAAGCCAAAUAAUCCCCUUCCCGCAAUCUUGUGGGGUCAGGUUCACGUUCCUGGACCAUAGUAAGCCUCAAGAGUGUGUUAUGCUCAGAUCCUCCGUGUAGGAUUCCCAUGGACAUCUGGUAAGGUUCUGUGAGAACAAAGUGCUGGACUAGAUGAGUUUUUGACCUGACCUUACUAUGUUGAGACUUCACACAUUCUCAGCACGUGUUCUUCCACUAAGCUGGAUCAGCUUUAUUAUCCCUCCCACCCUGUCCUUCCUGUCAUUGUUUGCCUGUUCGUACAUAUCUACAUAAAGGUAGAUUAGGUCCAGUUGUGGCCGACUCUGGGGUUGCAGCGCUCAUCUUGCUUUAUUGGCCGAGGAAGCUGGUGUACAGCUUCCGGAUCAUGUGGCCAGCAUGACUAAGCUGCUUCUGGCAAACCAGAGCAGCGCAUGGAAACACUGUUUACCCUCCCGCCAGAGCAGUACCUGUUUAUCUACUUGCACUUUGACGUGCUUUCGAACUGCUAGCUUGGCAGGAGCAGGGACCGAGCAACGGGAGCUCACCCCAUCGUGGGGAUUCGAACUGCCGACCUUCUGAUCAGCAAAUCCUAGGCUCUGUGGUUUAACCCAUAGCGCCACCCACGUCCCACAUAUCUACAUACUCCAUCUUAUCCAGCAGAGGGCCUCUUCCACCCCCUUUCCCAGUUUGCCCUCAACUCUUAACACAUCUUGUGACGAGCCCACUGUACAGCUUUUGCACACUCGCUCUUGCCUUCGUUCCUGAGGCAGCCAGACCCUGUUUCAACGUCCCCUCCCACAGCCACUGCAGCAAAUUUCAGUCUCCUCUUGUGCGCUUCCCUAGGCAGUACUCUAGGGUCGCCAGUUCUGCUAAUAAAGUCUCCUGAUUCAAAUGCUUUCUGAAAAUUGCGUUUCAUAGGGGCCGCAUCCAUUAAGAGCAAUUCAAUUAGUGAAAUACCUUUCGGAAGGAUUUUUCAUCAGGGAUGCAAUUGGCAAAGGAUCGCACGUUAACUGUGCCCCGUUGAGGUUGAUCUCUUUUAGGAAAUAACAAUUAAAUGUGUGUCACGGGCAGCGUUCUGCCUACAUUAACUGGAUCAAAGGGAAUUUUAGCAUUUUUAUUAAAAGGUGAAAUCGUGGGCAUGAAAGAAUAUUGUUUACGCAGGUCCAGUGCAGGAAGUCCAGCUGUAUCAAUCACUUUCCCCCCGCUUGUGUUAGAUUCAGGCCCCUACCAAGUCAAGGAGAUGGAGGCUAGAUCCUGGAAGCAAGGGGAAGAAAGAGGGAAUGCAUUGAAAAAGCUUCCCUGCUCCUUUAUUAUCUUUAUUAUAGGAUUCAGGUCUUAUCACAUGCCCUGCUUUGGCCUGUUGCUAUUCAAAUGACUUAUUUGGUUGUACAAGACAUGUGUCUGAUGUUACCGGGUUUUUUAUUUGGCUAGAGCAGGGGUCGGCAAGGUUUAUCUUGCCUGUGCCGGAUCGGUCUCACGGAGAUCCCUCCGUGGGCUAGUUGGUGCAUGCGCGUGAGCGUGCGCGCCUGUAAUUCUUGGCGUCUGCACGUGCGCAGGCGUGAUUUCCAGUGCCGCGGAAGUGAGUCCCUGCGCUGCACCGGUUUAGCACAGCACACGAGUGGGCAGCGCAGUUCGGCAGCGGCUUGUGGGCCAGUCAAACGACCUCUGCAGGCUGCUUCCAGCCCAUGGACCUUAGGUUGCUGACCCCUGGGCUAGAGCUUGAUGGCCAUGCAUAGGCUACAUCCCAGCUUGAUGUUUCACUCACAAUCCCUGGACAAGUGACAUUGGCAAGUAGGAAGGGGCUAUGCCAAUAUGUAUGAAAAGAGAAAUUCUCUACCUGUGGAGUAAACUAUAAGAGACACAGCUUAACACAGUGUCUUUAUGUAAUUUAAUACAGAUUCUCAAACCUUUAUUGGCAUAUGUACAAGAUUCCAGUAGCAUUCAAUACAAAAAACAACAACACUCAUUAAAAAAAACACCAAGCCCUGCAUCUAACACUUAAUUUAGUGUUGUACAGCAUUCACAAAUUCUUAUUACAUGUUGCAAAAACCUGGCUACUAUCUUUAGCCCAUCCCCAUCCUGGGUAAACAUAAGGAAGGCUACCUUGUUUUCGUCUGAAUUCCAGUCCCUACAAGCAACCAACUGAUUAAUAAACUUAGGUCGAAUUGCCGAAUACCAGGGGCAGUACAAAAGGACAUGCCUGGCUGAUAAUCGAAUACAGAGCCCUUCCGGAUCAGGCCAAAGGCCCAUCUGGUCCAGCAUCCUGUUCUCACAGUGGCCAACGAGAUGCCUCUGUAAAUCCUUCAAACAGGACCUGAGCACAAGAACUUGCAGUUGCCAGCAGCUGGUACUCAGAAGCAUAUUGCCUCUAACAGUGGAGCUAGAACAUAGCCAUCUUGGCUAGCUGCCAUCAAAAGACUUAUCACCCAUGAAUUUUGUCCAAUGCUCUUUUAAAGCCAUCACAAGUUGACGGCCAUCAACAGAAAGUUGCACUACGUCUGGGUUCUGGUUUCAUCGUGGGCUCAAGUUCCUAACUAGCUUCUAAGUCGUUUAUCAUAAGCAUAAACUACUAUUUUACUUGAUCUGAGCUAAGUAGAGGCAAAAAUGAUGGUGCAUACUUUUUCCCGUGACAUGGGCACACUUCCUCAGCCAUUAGAUUCACGAAUUAACUUCAUGGCGCACCCUGUUUCAAAGCCUCAGGAUUUUGCAGCCAUUCGCAUUUGAACCAUCGGCCUCAUCACAAAACACAGAAGCCUGUCCCAAUUAUGAUUCCCGCCCCUCUCUGUUCUAAAAACCAUCACUGCUACUCGAGAUGGAGUCGGGAUUUGAGCCUCUGCUUCUCCUAACUUCAUCUAGCGUUUUGUUCAUUACGCAAGGCUUGAAUGGAACACUCUUGAAUGCAUCUAAUUGACUCUCUUUCAUGCUUUGAAUUGUUCUUCCCAGGCAAGUUGUUUUGGUACCAGGUGCAUUACGACAUGCACGUCCGCACUCACACGCGAGAGCACCUCUACUACUGCUCUCAGUGCAGCUACUCAUCCAUCACCAAAAACUGCCUUAAACGACACGUCAUCCAGAAGCACAGUAACAUUUUGCUGAAAUGUCCCACAGAAGACUGCGAUUAUUCCACCCCAGAUAAAUACAAACUCCAGGCCCAUCUGAAAGUGCACACGGAGUUGGUAAGUCUGAAUCCUGGGCAGUUUUUGUUUUCUUUUUUUAAAGGGAGAGAGUUUAUGUACAGGGAGAGAGUUUCAAUCCAUGAAAAUGACCCCAUUGUUUCCCACUGUACAUUUUUCCUUUUUCCAGAACGCAGGUACAUUGCUGAUGUUUCUCGGCUGCCUAGCUCUUUCCUGCUUAUUAUUGUACUGCCUUGUGUGUGAAACAAAACAUGUGUUUCUCUGUGGUUUGCACUGUCCAUGCAAAGCCCCAUUUUAGGCACGAGAAAGUCUGAAUUUUGAAAGGGUUGUUGCAUGCUAAAGAGGUAAAGAAUGUCCUUAGAACGUGGCAUUGUAUGGGCAGUGUUAUGUAUGUGCAACCCUUACAACGCCAAUUCCCCACCAAGGUAUUUAUGUACUCUGAGCAAUUAUGUAAGGGAAACAUGUUUGCAUUGGCUUGCUUUGCCAAGAAGUACAGUGGUACCUCAGGGACGCGGGUGGCGCUGUUGGUUAAACCACACAGCCUAGGACUUGCCAAUCAGAAGGUCGGCGGUUCGAAUCCCCGCGACGGGGUGAGCUCCCGUUGCUCGGUCCCUGUUCCUGCCAACCUAGCAGUUUGAAAGCUCAUCAGAGUGCAAGUAGAUAAAUAGGUACCGCUCCAGCGGGAAGGUAAACAGCAUUUCCGUGUGCUGCUCUGGUUCGCCAGAAGUGGCUUAGUCAUGCUGGCCACAUGACCCGGAAGCUGUACACCGGCUCCCUCGGCCAAUAAAGCGAGAUGAGGGCUGCAACCCCAGAUUUGUCUGCGACUGAAUCUAAUGGUCAGGGGUCCCUUUACCCUUUACCUUUAUGCAGAGCCUUAGAGACCUUAAUAUCAGCUAGCACUGUCAUGACUGUACGCCAUGGCACACUGCCUUUAGGCUUUCAGAUCCCUCCCUUUUGAGAGUCAAACUUAUAUUUUGGAGCUGGGGUGAACCCAGUUUGGGACUUUUUUAUUCUGCUUUAACUGCAGGCUUUAUGUUUUAUGAGCUGAAACUCAAGGCCUUGGAAUACAGGAGAUUAGAAAGUCAACAGUUAAGCCUCAUCAACUAGGGCCCUCAUGAUUCCACCUUCUGAGCAGCUUUGGGAAUUACAAUUUCAGAAGAGCAAGGGGAAAUUUUCUCAGUAUUCUUUUUUCUUUGCUUCCAGGCUGUGUUUGUGCAUUUUUCUUAAAAGCACGAGUUAAACGUGAUACACCUUAUGUUUUCAGAUCUCUUUUAUGCUGACAGAAGGUGGGCUGUGGGCCAAUAUCUCCAACAGUUAGAAUUUCUUAUUAGGGGGAAAAAAUAGGUGAAGAACAGAAUAGUUCACCUCCUACUCUGACUAACUGCUGUGGUUUCAGAAGCCGCAGGAUGGGUUUUCAGAAGGCAGCGAGGGACUCAAAGCCAAAGGAAGGGAUCCGUCUAUAAAUACACACCGUCUCAUUAGUAUCAUUUCACUUGAGCAAGAGGAAAAUUUUCCCUUUAAAUUUGUUUUUCAGAGAAAACCUGUGGUUGUUUUUAAGGUCAUUUUUCUUGACCUCUAUUUGCAACAUUUGAUUUCGCACAAGGUGCUAGGCCCCCCAUGAGUGUCCGUGUGCAUCAGAAAGUUACCCACAGCUUGUACGCGAUUUAAUAAUCUAGCACUUUGACUGAAAAUAGCAGGGAAGAUUUCUGCAACUGCCCCGAGGGAGAGGAGGGAGAGAAGACAGCCGCCAAACAUCUGUUACUAGGAAUGAUGGUUGCUGCCUUUUUCGCACCAGGUUUUCUCUUCUGCCUACCCUUAGGCCCUGCUGAAAAAGCAACAGUUGCGUUUAUGGCAGGGUCCGUCACACAUCAUUUUGGCCCUGCCAAAUCUAGUAUCUCGUGACAGCAAGGAGAUAUGGUAACAGGCUUUGUCUUUAAGGCCACAGGUUCCCCCACCCUUGUCUUAAAUGAGGACACAUUUUUAUGGUGUGAGUUUUUUUGUGACAAGUGCAUUAGAUGUAGCUGUUAAAGUUGUAGACCUUUGACUACAAAUGCUUAUGCUUCCAUCAGAUUGUUAAAGGAAUCCUUUGUCAUUGUCACCACAUUAGGCUAAGCACAGCUACUCUUCUAGGCAAGUUGUUCCUAGCCAUUGUGUCAGCGGGUGCCCACCCCCCCACCCCGUAAGGAGGAAGGAAGCGUUGCAUGUCUCCCUCUCCUCCUCCUCCUCCUCCUCCUCCUCUUCCUCUUCCUCUUCCUCUUCUUCAAUCACUCGUAGCCUAGUAAGAUUGUCUUCCAUAAACACGGCUUUAACAAUGAGUCUGUAAGUGACCGUGGAGGCCAAUUCUGGAUCCACACGUCCUUCCACAGUGGGGACAUUGGUUUCCAGGUGGGAGUUGAUCAUGGUGUGGAUUUGCCAAGCGUGCCUUCCUCUUAGCACGUUUCUCCCUUUCGUCCUGAGUUCGAGCGUCUUCAAAGCCCAUGACACCUUUGAUAAAGGCUGUGGUGAGAGCCAGUGUGGUGUAGUGGUUAAGAGCGGUAGUCUUGUAAUCUGGUGAACCGGGUUCGCUUCCCCACUCCUCCACAUGCAGCUGCUGGGUGACCUUGGGCCAGUCACACUUCUUUGAAGUCUCUCAGCCCCACUCACCUCACAGAGUGUUUGUUGUGGGGGAGGAAGGGAAAGGAGAAUGUUAGCCGCUUUGAGGCUCCUGAAGGGGAGUGAAAGGCGGGAUAUCAAAUCCAAACUCUUCUUCUUCUUCUUCUUCUGUUCUCCAAGUGGAGCACUCGCAGGCCAGUGUUUUCCCAGUUGUUGGUGUUUAUACUACAUUUUUUAAAGAUUUGCCUUGAGAGAGUCUUUAAACCUCUUUUGUUGACCACCAGAUUAUGCUUUCCAUUUUUAAGUUGGAAUAGAGUAGUUGCUUUGGAAGACAAUAACCAGGCAUCCACACAACAAGACCAGUCCAAUGAAGUUGAUAAGGAGGAAGGAAGCAUUGCAUGUGAUUUCCUGCCAACCCACCUGCUUUUGGCUGGCAUGAACCAUCAAGCUGUGGAUCCACUUUCAUAAGAAGUGUGUUGCUUUCCCUUGAAACGUAUAUAUUUAUAGGCCCUGGUCCAGAGAUGCUUUUUAAAGGCACCCUAGGGUUUUUUUCCCUUUUGAAGGCAAAUCGUUUGUACUCUAUCUCUCUGGGUGGGAAAUCAUAGUCCAGCUGCACACCAAGACCCCAGGUGUCAGGUAACAGAAAUUCUCCAUGGGGUCACUAUCUAACACAGUAUAAGUCUCAGAAUUGGAAUGGGGGAAAUGAUACAAGCUUUGAUGGACUUGCAUAUUGUGCCGGGGUUACAUUCCAGGGAUGGCGAGUGUAUGCAAAAAUGCGUAUAGUCAAUCCAUCCCCUUGAAACCGCCCCCACUUGAACGAUCUUACCUUUCGGAGCCAAUGUACUGAACAAGUCUUAACUCCACCCGCUUUACGGGGCUCUGGGAGGCUCUCACAAGAUUUUGAAGGACUGCCUAAGUUCCUGCAAGAUCUUGCCAGAGCCUGGUAAGCAAGGCAGAGAGAUUUCUCAAACUUGGGCCCCCAGCUCUUGUUGGACUACAACUCCCAUCAUCCCUGACCACUGGUUCUGCUAGCUAGGGAUGAUGAGAGCUUGAUUCCAAUUUGAGAAACAAUGCCUUAAAAACUCUUUCCGCUUCAGGGAAAACCUGGUGCCAAAAGAGCUUUCAAGCUCUCCACCUUCUGCAUGUUUAAUAUCAACCGCCUGAAGCUGAAAUAGCAAGUUGGACAGGUGUGAAUUGCAAGUCCACAGUAAUGCGUUUUUUUGAUUGACAGAGGGAUGAAAAAGACAGCCAAGAGAAUCAUGUCACAGUGAUUCUUGGAGUGUACCAUUCAGUCUGCAGGUCGAGGCAAGGAAUUAGUGUUUGGCUUAUCCACCCUACUGAAAAACUCUGUGCCCAAAGAUGACUGGCAUGCCAGGGAAAAUGUUCUCCCUGACAUGCCAGCUUGGUGGUGGCUUUGUUUGUUUUAAAUGUGAAAGGGCAUUCAAGCAUGAUGUUACUCUGCUUGCGGUCUGGAGUAGUACAGCUCAGCAAUACAUGCUCUCUGCCAUUCUCCUGAUAGCGUGUGUUUAGCUCCAAAGUCAGCUUCUGAUGGUCCAUUCCUUUGCUUUGAAAUUGCAAUGGGGGGAGGGAUGUCGAAAACAGGUGCUUGUGUGGGAAGAGGACCUGAAAGCACUUUUCAGCCUGAAGCUUAAGUGGGCUAUGUUUUAAAAUCGGUUCUUAAUGUGAAUGCAAGACCUGCUACAACUGCAGGGCAGAUGCGGUUUGUCUUCCAAUCCUUUCGUGCAUUAACAGAAUCUGUGACACACAGAGAAGUUCAAGUGUGCUUGUUUCACAGGGCAGGUGCAAGAGGUUGCACUGUUUGAGUCACUGCCACUCCCGUUCAUCAUUGUCCUCUUCCCGUUCACCCACCUAACUGCUGCCUCUGUUUGCCUUCCACAUCCUCCUUGGCUCACCCUAGGAAAGGACAAGGGGGUCUUUCUUCAGAGUGAGGCAUUCUGGCCGAGGUGCCUGAGACUACAAGAAUAGAUGGCGGCUAACAGAUUGAGGUUGAAUCCUGACAAGACAAGUUUUGGGGGGACAGGAGGUGGGCAGGUGUGGAGGACUCCCUGGUCCUGAAUGGGCUAACUGUGCCCCUGAAGAACCAGGUGCGCAGCCUGAGAGUCAUUUUGGACUCGCAGCUGUCCAUGGAGGUGCUGGUCAAUUCUGUGUCCAGGUCAGCUGUCUACCAGCUCCAUCUGGUAUGCAGGCUGAGACGCUACCUGCUCACAGACUGUCUUGCCAGAGUGGUGCAUGCUCUAGUUAUCGCCUGCUUCGACUACUGCAAUGCGCUUUACGAGGGGCUAUCUUUGAAGGUGACCCAGAAACUACAACUAAUCCAGAAUGCGGCAGCUAGAUUGGUGACUGGGAGCGGCCACCGAGACCACAUAACAUCGGUCUUGAAAGACCUGCACUGGCUCCCAGUACGUUUCCGAGCACAAUUCAAAGUGUUGGUGCUAACCUUUAAAGCCCUAAACGGCCUCGGUCCUGUAUACCUGAAGGAGUGUCUCCACUCCCAUCAUUCUGCCUAGACACUGAGGUCCAGUGCUGAGGGCCUUCUGGUGGUUCCCUCACUGCGAGAAGCUACAGGGAACCAGGCAGAGGGCCUUCUCGGUAGUGGCGCCUGCCCUGUGGAACGCCCUCCCACCAGAUGUCAAAGGAAAAAGCAACUACCAGACUUUUAGGAGACAUCUGAAGGCAGCCCUGUUUAGGGAAGCUUUUAAUAACUGAAGGACUAUUGUAUUUUAAUAUUUUGUUGGAAGCUGCCCAGAGUGGCUGGGGAAACCCAGCCAGAUGGGUGAGGUAUAAAUAAUAAAUGAUGAUGAUUAUUAUGAUGCUGAUGAUGAGAGAGGACCUCUGUUACCACUAUGGCUUUCCUGCAACACCUAAAGAGGCUCUAUAAACUUAAAAAAAGUUCUAAGUUGAAAGAGCAUUUCCAGAAGGUGUGAUGCAAAUGUUCUCCAAGCCACCUUGCCCAGAAUGCCUCCCUCUGAGGAAGGAUUUCUUGGCCCUUUCCUAGAGCAAGGCAGGAGAAGGCAGAAAUCCUUACGAAGUAGGGUGAGCAGCUGGGGACAAUAAGAGGGGGCUGGGAGGAGGUGGGGGGGUGUUGCCUGACAGUUCACUGUCCCCCAAACCUGCUGCCUGACACAAUUGUCUCUGCUUGGCUCAUGAAAGGGCCCAUCUUGUAAUGUUGCACAUGGAAGUGUUUUGAGAAGCAGAAAAAGCACAAAAGGCCGUAAGACUAUUAUUAAAAUUUGUAUGCCACCCUAUACCCAUAGAUCUCAGGGAGGUUCACAACAUAAAAUUACUGUGUGUGUGUGUGUGUGUGUGUGUGUGUGUGUGUAUAUAUAUCACAUAAUAAAACUCUUGUUUGCUUCCACAUUACAAGAGCUCUUAUUGACUUUCUGUCCCUUUCAUCGUGCAAGGAGGGAAAUGCAGUCAAAAGUGGGCCUAAUUAAUUGCCACUUUGCGACACAUCCCAAGGGUGAGGUAACACAUUGUGUGCAGCGCAAGGUGAAAUGUGUUGGCAGAAAUGUAUAGAAAGCCUUGAACAAACAUUUCCAGCACUCAGAUUAGUUUCCAGCAGCUUGACAUUACCAGGCUUCUCCGUUUCACACUUGUAAGUAACAAAGGGGACAAUAUUGCGAGCCAGUAGGGAAAUAAUUGUGGCAACGAGCGGGGAGAUGGGACUGGGAGUGCAAGAGAAGAAAACGGAGUUUUAAUGGAAUGUUUGACACCUCUGGGGGCUUUAAUAGCAGCUUGGAUCCCUGCCAACGUGAAUAAAUAGCUCUCACUGUUGUUCGUGCCUGGCCAUUGUGCUCUGACACUAAACAGAGGUGUAUUUUUGUGUGUUCAAAGGUUUCAUCUCCCAUUCUAAGUAGACAAGUACGUUCUCAAAUGUACUAAUAAGUGGUACAUUUGGGACACCAAAGUCGAGGUCAGCGCAAGGCAGGGAACCACCUGAGGCAGGAGGUUCUGCAUACGCAUCCUCCCCACACUUGCUUUUGCGCUAGCAAUCUUUCCUCAUCCACCUAUGUCGUUUUGAAGAGUGGGAUCCUUCCUCAGAACAAGGUAUUCCAGGAAAGGUGGCUCAAUGUCAUGGCCCUGUCAGGCAAGGAAUCCCCAGAGUGAGGAAUUAACUAUUGUCAAAAGCACGCUUGCAAGUUAUGGAAAGGCAGUUCCAUCAGUCCUACGUCUCCCAGCUACUCCUAGGUGUGCACCUGAUGAGGCAGUUGGCGCAGUAGGGAGGUCCCGCUGUGGACCUCGACUUGUGUAUCUCCCUUAACCGAGCUGCACACAAGCAAGCGAGGACUGUGCCUGUGUUUCACCUUCUGCUCCUCCCACUUCACCCCUCUUCUGGUCCUGGGAGACAAUGGAGCAGAAGAGGUGGAGGCAGGAGGAGGAGGAGGUGUGGAAGCCCUUGAUGCUACACUAGCCAGUCUCUGACAUCCAGGGGAGUGCAUGCACCACCACAUCAUUCUUUUUGAGUUUAGUUGAAACUUUAAACUUUUAAUGAACUGCUUUUAAAAGGAAGUUCUUGCCAGAAAGGCCAGAAAGCAGGAGGUUCAAGUUUCUUCCACCACCUGAGUUUGCCUAAUGGAAGUGCCUGCCCUGACUGAGGCGAUCAACCAACUGUUUCAGUUCUGUAAAGCAAGCAGAGGCUCAUAUUAUGGGGCAUUCCUUUCUAGAGAAGAGAACACAUUUCCCGCAAAUAGAAAACUCACGUGUCAAAGAACUAGCCUUUCAAAAAAUGUAGGUUCCUGCUUUGUGAACCUGACAUCUAACAUUCCCUGCAAAGUUGUGAUUUUCUGUGCAGGGAUAGAUCCUGUGUUAUACCCCCACCCCACCAAAAAACCAAAAUGUGUUGGACAACAAUGAAGAGUUUACUUUUUAAAGCUGGUUCCGAAUUAAUUCAAAUUCACCAGGUGAGCAUAUUUGCUGAUGCACAGUUGCGGCUGAUGGCGACUCUGCCACUGGAGUACUAUAGGGCUGUAAAAGGUAAAGGGACCCCUGACCAUUAGGUCCAGUCAUGACCGACUCCGGGGUUGCGGCGCUCAUCUUGCUUUAUUGGCCGAGGGAGCCGGCGUACAGCUUCCGGGUCAUGUGGCCAGCAUGACUAAGCCGCUUCUGGUGAACCAGAGCAGCGCACGGAAACGCCGUUUACCUUCACGCCAGAGUGGUACCUAUUUAUCUACUUGCACUUUGACAUGCUUUCGAACUGCUAGGUUGGCAGGAGCUGGGACUGAGCAACGGGCGCCCACUCCGUCGCAGGGAUUCGAACCGCCAACCUUCUGAUCGGCAAGUCCUAGGCUCUGUGGUUUAACCCACAGCGCCAUCCGCAUCCCUACUAUAGGGGUGUAUCUCUGUGUAAAGUUGUAUAAUGCAUUGUACCAUGACAGACAACUAUUCGAAGCCACCUUUCGUGUGAUUUGGGCUUGUCGUUGUUUCUCAGUCCCUCUGCCACCUGUGCCCUAAAGGAAGUAAUAAAGUUUGCCAAGUUGUUUUCGUUGGCAACACUCUGCUAUCAAUUGUCAGCAGCUGUGGCAGUCUAAAAGUAUGUUGCUUUUGUUCACGCCCUUCAGAAAGUCUUGAAAGACAUUUCCGAAAGGCGAAAUUCUGUAAAGCAGGCCAUAUACUGCUCUCUUCCUUGCCGAGGGAAAAGGCAAGUGCCAAGAAUGUGACAGGGAGUUAUUGGAAAGGGACCCCACCUGAGUCCUCGAGAAGCGGCUCUGUCACCACGUAUGACAAGGUCACUCUGAGAAGCCCCUGUUCUGCUUUGCAGGCUUUCUUUGGGAUUCCCUGCUUAUGACCUGGGCGGGCUCAGGGAGGCAGAAUCUCAGACCAAUAAAUUCAUAAGGUCCGGCUGGAAGAGUGACAGGGUUAACUCUGAAGGAUUAGCGUAGCAACAUGUUCUCUAGGCAGCAGUGGGAAUAUUCUGCAAAAAACCACCAAAUGACUGAUACUGCUGCUGCUAAGUUUUGGCUGGGAAUUCCCUGUGUGAGGUUGAGACAGGUAUAGUCUAAGGAUGCUGCCGUUGAGAAAAACAGCACAUGGGCACAUCUGAGGAAAAUAGUCAUUUUUUGGGGGGGGGGGGAGAGAUUGAACUGUGAAAAUGGUAGCAUUUAAACUAUUCUUUCUUUUUUUAAAAAAAACUGGAUGCCUUUUGGUUGAGCAUGCAGCCACAGAGGCAAGGAGAUGCCCUCCAGUGCAGGAAACAGUCCUGCAGAUAGGAAGGAAAUCAUGCACCCGACUCUCAAACCAGAGAGCUGCUCCAGAAGGACACCAUGUUUGUUUGAACAGCUAAAAAAUAAAUAAAUCAAGGCCCGUUCUCGUGUUGCCACCCUCCAGAUCUCUUGAGGAGGCCCACGAAGAAGGGCAUCAGAUGACGACAUAGCAUUUGAAAUAUUUUAACAUAGAAUUAUAACCACCACCCAUGUGGAGCUGUGCCACAAGCAGCCAUUCAAACAGAUGUGUGAAUUGAGCUUUUGUUCCGCCUUAACCGCUAGAAUGCUGCACUAGAUGCAACAGCACAGAUCACAGCUUAUAGAAUUCCUGUAGCUCAACAGGACAAGGCUGCCUGGUGUAUUGUUCUUGUUUUCCUUCUUCCUUUGGGGAAGCUAUUCUUGUGAUGGAAGCAUGGAACGCCUUGGUUUAGAAGCAAAUGAGGGAUGAACUAUCCCUGUCAAUCCGAACCUCACUAGGGACUUAUUCCAUGAUGGGGUGAUCUUAACACCGCCUACACCGAACCAUUCCCAAUCCUCGCUGCUGCAAAAACCCAAUAGGGGGCAUUACUUGCUGUGUGUGUAAUCCUGCUUUACACAGACGAGGGUUUGUGUGCAAAACACCAGCUGUGCGUUGUGGAAAGAACUACAAAUACAGAGACACUUUGACAAUGAUUGGCAGCCAGUCCAGAUUCUUUUUCGCUCGCCCAUGAUAAAGCUCAGCAACGACAGGCAAUGCAGUUUAAAUGAUGGUAGCAUCUUCUGCGUUCCCUUUGUGGACACAACUUGCAUCCUGUCACCUCUCUGCGAGGCCCGCACGUUUUUGUCUCUGUGCCUCGCUUGGCAUUUUGCUUUUCCAGGAAGCAGAUUUUGGCAUUUGCAGAAGUGCAGCAGCACGACGCUUCCAGCCUGUUAGGGUUCCCAAGGGCAAUCGCUGAGCUAACUCCAUAUGCUCAGAAUUGAGUUAGAGUCUCAAGCUCAUCAGCUUGGCUUCGGAAUUAUUAGCUCUGGAAUUAUAAUAUACUUCAGCUUCUGUGUAUUUUAUUUUCCGGUUCCUGAACCAUCCGGGCCCUGUUGUGCAUAUACGGUGUCUCUCUCUCUCUCUCACACACACACACAAAUAGAAAGAAUAGUCUUGGGACUUGGAAGCCAUUGCCAUUAGCUUCCUUUUGCUCUCUCAAAUGUCAUUGGAAUGAAAUGGCCCAGAACUCAAUUCCUUAGUAAAAAUUUCCCGAAAAAAGCCAUUUCACUGUAAUAGGCCCGUUGUGAGGGAGCUGUCAGCCCUCUGUGACUUAUCCACUUCCGAGAGACUCACAACAUCAGUGCCUUAGACAAGGCAAGAAUCCAAGGGUCUGCUAGAUUAAGUGGUGUCAACAGCAGCACUGUUGCGCUGAGGAAUGCCCAGCACGCAGGCCGAAGGUGACAUGCAAUCCAUCUUUAAGGACUGUCAACAGAUCUUCUCUGUUCACACCUGUACAUCAGGGGCACAAAAACCUCAGGCCUGGGACAAAAGGUGACCCUCAAGCCCCCAUCAUAAAGCAAUGGCACUUUCCCCAAAAAGGCAAAUUAAGACUUUUAUCUAAUUACCAGUGGGAAGUGCUUGCUGUCAAAAUAAGGCUAGGCACUUCCUUUAGAAACGGCAAAGGUUCCUGGAGCUGAUUCAACUGUUCUUGCCGCCAUUCAGUCCCGUGCAUGGCUACAGCUAUGCAAGAACAUCCUGCUUAAACCAAGGCUGCUUUCUCUUUUGCUUCGCAAAGGCACCGCGUUAACUGCCCAGAGCAGUGCCAGGACAGACACAUAGUCCCAGGGCGCAUGCAAAGUUCCAGCUGAAGUUUGAGCUUCUAAGUAACAGCAGACAAAGCCAGAGUAAAUAGGGCUAUUAUUAUUUUUUACCUGCCUGUUAAAAGCUUCCAAGGACAGGCUUGGGAAGAAAAGCCGUUAUCGGGGCCGCCGAGCUCCAUGCAAUCGUAGACGGAGCUUAGGAGCCAGACGGUCAAUAGUCCUGGUUAACUCUGCAUUACAGCAGGCCACCGGGGAAUCGGCUGAGAGGCCAUCAACAUGGGCUAAUGCAUCCCCUACCACUCUCUCGAAGCCAUUUGCCUCCAUUAAGUGGCGGGGGUGGACCACUCGAAUCGGUCCUACCUCCCUGCGGAGGGGAAGGAUCGCAGAGAAGUGUAGUUGUACCAGGAAGUGAUCUGACUGGCACUUCUUUUGUUCCACUCAAACUUAGUGUCAGAUCACUAAGGUAACCCCCAGAUCUAAGGCAUGUCCGUGGCUGUGUGUAAGGCCAGAUUUAUUCAGGGACAGCCCCAUGGGGGGGCAUGCUUUCAAGGAGCCCUGAGCAGCCCCUCAUAACGUUGUGUUGGCAUGGAUGUUAAAAUCACCCAGGACCACCAAACUAGGUGUCUCCAGGAGAACCUCUGGCAUGGCCUGAAGCAGCUCAGGCAGGGAAUGCUUGGUGCGGCUGGUACACCGAAAGGAAUCUUGUACUGCCCCUAUUGCCCACCUUCCAGAACACGCACUCCAAGAACUUUUUAUGAAUCACUGCACCCACACAACCUACGUCGCUGAUGGACAAGCAGCAGCAAGAACAAGCCCAGCUUCCAGGUCAAUUCCUCCACCUACAGUCAAGUCAUGGCAGUGGUCUUAUGACUCAUUGGCCUGCCAUUGCAUUGCUCUAGUAGUGCACCUGGAAGAAAUGUUUUAGCCCUGUCCUCACCCUGUUUCUACAACCUUGUGCAAAUUAAUUGAAACAAACAAUGUAGUUUAUUGUACAAAACUCACAUAUACAUGUACAAAACCCACAUAUACAUGUACAAAACUCACAUAUAUGUACAUUAGUAAUUGAUAUGACCUCUGCAAUUGUCAAGCAGCAUUUGAACACUGUUUGGCAUAGAGUAUACUAGUUUCGAACAGUGACUGUUGAUUUUUGGAUCCCUGUACCACAUUUGAAUCAGCGCCUGAAUGAGCUUCUCCAUAGUCGUACAGUCUACAGCAGGGAGGCGACUUUUGCAUAUAGCCAACAAAUUCUCAAUGGGAUUUACGUCCGGGGAAUUCCCUGGCCAAUCAAGUACCUGCAUUUGCUGCUCUGUCAUGAAUUUCUUCACCACUUUUGAUGUGUGACAGGGAGCUAGGUCCUUCGCAAUAUCCCAGUACUGUCAGGAUAUCUCUUUUCCAGCUCUGGAAUAACUCUCUUUUGUAGAACCUCAGUAUAUUGUGGCGAGCGCAUCAUUCCUUCUAUUGGCUGCAGGCUUCCAACACCAUAAUGAUCAACUGACUUUUCGUGUUUGUUUUGAGUACAGGAUUACGAGUAAGAUAGAAAACAUGCUUUGUUUCAAUUAAUUUGUACAAGGGUGUAUGUGCAGAGAAUGGUUUUUACUUUUAAGUAGAGAAGCAAUCAAAACCACAGAAAGUCAGCUCAGAAACCUGUGCAUGGGCAGGUUAUAAACCGAAUAAGCAAAAUGGGUCCACUCUACCAUGCUGAUCCCACCUCAUUUUUUCUGCCUACGUAGAUUGAAUCACAUAUGCAGCUUGUACGUGAGCUGGAGAGGUAGAUCAUGUUUACAGAGACAUACAGGCGUGCACGCUUCAAGUCAAAAGCUGUAAAUCAUUCUGAGAUAAACUAUUUUGUAACGAAGCCUAAUUUUCUGUAUUUCCUUUGGUGUACCUUAUCAUGAUAACUGCUCUUGCUCUUCAUAACGCCAGCUGAAAUUGGCAUCCAAGGAUUCCAGUUAUCACCUUGUUGGGAGCCAUAUAUUACUCAGCGAGUAAUGAGUUUAGCAAUCAGCUCAGCGAACUGAUAACAGACACUUUCCUCUUUCUCUCUCUCUCCCUUUUUCCCCCUUCAAAGGACAAAAAGAGUUAUUCCUGCCCUGUGUGCGAGAAAUCUUUUACCGAAGACCGACUUAUAAAAUCGCACAUAAAGACAAACCACCCAGGUAAGACGAGCCACAUUAAUGGUCUUAAAUGUAGCGUAAUAGUGGAGCUGUGCUCCAGACUAAGCAAUAGGUUUUAGCUGUGUUGUGUAUUCUGGUUAUCGUAUGUGGAAAACAGCGGUCCAGCCCUAUAGAGUCCUGAUACUACAGGUGGUCCCUUAGUCGGAGCAGCUCAUGGCUAGUAGUGCCUCGCCUCACCUUGCUUGCCUUAUUUUGAACUCUGCUUGGCUCUGGCUCUACACCCAAUGUGCAUGCUUUUGCCUUGCCUGCCUGGACCAUUCCCUUUGCUUCAGCAGCCGAAAACCAAAAGCAGAGCCCUGCUGAGGCCCAACGCUUGGCCAAUCCAGAGGUGAUAUUACCAACUCCUGUUCCCCUUUUAAUUCUGAAGAGAGUCCUGACCACACAAUUUGGAUUUGGCCCAUAAGGUUCUCAGCUCAGGCCCCAAGAUCCCUGGCAAUGACCCUGCAGGGUCAUCUCCAUUUGAGGUUUUUAAUAAUAAUAAUAAAAAAUUAUUUAUACCCCACCCUCCCCAGCUGAGACCGGGCUCAGGGCGGCUAACACCAAGUAUAAAACAAUUGAUUAAAAUACAACUUAAAAACAAGAUUGAAAUACAACAUUAAAAUGCAGCCUCAUUUCAGUAGAAAUUCAAAUCAAAAAACUUUUAGGGGAUGAAAACGUCAAAUCUUCACCAAGGCCAGCUAUCCAGACUGGUCCUACGUGGGCCAGAAAAAAGCCAGGGAAGUCCCCAAAUAGGAGUUCCAUCGCAUCAGAUCCUGCAGGGUCCUGGUCUCAUGAGACAGAGCGUUCCACCAGGCCAGAGCCAGUGUUGAAAAGGCCCUGGCUCUGGUUGAGUCUCAUCUAACUUCCUUAGGGCUCGGGACCUCUAGGGUGUUGCUAUUUAUGGACAUUAAGGUCCUCCGCGGGGCAUAGUGGGAGAGGUGGUCCCGUAGGUUAAGCAGAGGUUGGAUGGCCAUCUGUCAUGGAUGCUUUAGUUGAGAUUCCUACAUUGCACAGGGUUGGAGUAGAUGACCCUCGGGAUCCCUUCUAACUCUGCAAUAUACACUCAGCAUAUGCAUCUUUUUAAAAGGCAUGCAAUUAGCUUUAUUACACACUCUUGGGACUCAGCAACGUGGUCCCAUCACUUCAUUAUUUCUAGUUGAUUAUAGCCUCACAUCUGUAUUCUCAGGCCUUUUGGUGUUGUUAACGACCUGCCUGCUUGGGUAUUUUGGGCUCCUCCGGAAAUCCCAGGUGAAACCUUAAGCAAAUGUUAUGCGCCUCUCAGAGAGCAUCGAAGCUAAUAAAUGUUUGGUUAGCGAAGCUGCCCGGUUCGGGAUUGGCCUCCUGAGAGUGUUCCCUGCCAGAAAGGAGGAAAAAAACCACCCAUUUCUGCAGCAAUGGUGCAACCAGCCUCUUAAUUUGUCACAAAAAUAGCAAGUCACCAUGGAGGCAACUCAGCACACAAAAGCAAUGGCCAGUCCUUGAAAAAGCUGUAAAAUAAUGAAGCAGUUUCCUUAAGACUGCACAACCCCACUGGAAGGCUGGUGCGGAGAGAGGUAGGAAGAGAAGAGAAAACAAGGAAAAGGAAGCCUAUUGAAAGGAUGUGGCAAGGAGCAAUCUAAAUAUUAUGUUUUCUCAUUAUUGUCAUGAGUUUCCCGAAGGCUAAAGCUCCUCCCCCCCAUGUGAUUUUUUUCUCCACCUUCUCCAGAGGUUUCCAUGAACACCAUCUCCGAGAUUGUUGGCAGGAGAGUUCAGCUAAAAGGGCUGAUAGGAAAGCGAGCCGUGAAAUGCCCCUACUGCAAUUUUUACUUCAUGAAGAAUGGAUCAGACCUUCAGCGUCACAUCUGGGCCCAUCAAGGUAACUGCAAUGUAGCUGGCACUUAAUCUGUUUAAAAAUUGCGAUCACUUCCUGACACGCCGGUGCUCCGGUUAUGGCCCAGCUAGACGCAUGGAAUGCCAUCACACAAUUUACUAGCAGCUGUUUCGGGUGAGGGGUCUUUGAGGUUAGGGACCAUGUCAUGCAGCUGGUGUUUUCCCCAGAAGGGAAUGCGGUAGCUGGGGGGAAAGGUGUUAAUUCACAGCUGCUGUUCAUCAUGUUGCUGUUGUUGGCAUUCGUCUGUCUUGAGAGACAAUGGCGUGCUCCUCCGGAGAUGAAGUCAAACAGCUGUGUUAGCAGCACCAAAGCGACCUCCACAUGACAUAAGCCUGGGCAGCAUGUACAGAGUUCCUGGGCUGCCCAGAAGACAACACACACACACACACACACACACACCCUUCAGCCUCGCUGAUGUGGUCCAAAGGUAAGCAAAGCAAUAUGUUUGGCACAAGCUUGGCUGAUUGCAGAGAUACAUAAUUUUGGCGCUUGUUACCAAGCUGAUACAUACGAGAAUUUUCUAGGAAACUCAGGCCCUUCCAGACCUUCCAGUUCAUAGAGCAUCCAUCCCGAUUUGCUUGCAGACAGAUUACCGUACUUUCCCCUGAAUAAGACGAUAUUUCUUCCUUAGAAAUUAUAGGCAAAAUUUGCGGGUAGUCUUAUACACGGAAAGCAGAGGGGGGAUGGGCAAUUGGUGGCAGCAGCCAGCAGGAGAUUGGCAGUGGCGAUUGGGCGUGUGAUUGGUUGCUGUGGCAAGGCCUGCUGACAAUUGGCUGCGGCAAUUGGGCGGUCAAUUUACAUCAGGGGCGAGGUGUGUGUGCAGUUGGCUGUGGUUGAAUCAAGUGGGCAGGUGGGCUUGUGGCUGCGAGUGUGCAGGCGAUUGGUGGCCGUGGCGAUGCGUGCAGUUUGCAGUUGUGGGCAGGUGUUGAAACCCACCCACCCCCCAAAAAAGCUGAACAACUCUGGGCAAUCCCCUCCCCCAAAUUGUUUGUUACGGUCCCAAAAAAUAGGGGUCAUCUUACACGUGAGGGAGUGUUAUACACGGAAAAAUAUGGUAUGUUGGUUAUUUAACAAGUGUUCAUUCCGAUUUGCAGGGCAUGUUAGGGAGGUUAGAUGAUGAUGCAUCAAAGCAAGUGUCACUCCACGCUUCUCAGUGCAUUUUCUCCAUCACUUUGCUUAUCACAAAAAGUCCAGUCUUUGCUGGUUUGUUGCACAUGACUGCCUGAAUUUGCUGGUGCUUUUGAAUUGCACCUGAAAAUGCAAUGGUCUGGAAGUUCCCUGUGAGGCUCACAGUCCUGGUUCUUCACCCUGGAAGCCCAGUUCUGUGGGCAUUUGCGAAGAAUUGCUGCUUUCCCAGUACUUUCGUCAACAUCAGCUCGUUAAGCCUUCCACCUUUCGAACUGGUUCACACUUUGGGUUGCAGCCAGUGUUAUUCAUACUCAGAGAAGAUCCAUUGAAAUUGACGGACAUAACUUAGGGCCAUUAACUUCAGUAGGUAUAUUCUGAGCAGAAUGCAACCCAGAAUUUCUUAAUGCAAGGAACGGCAGCUGAAAAUGUGAACCGACUCUAUUUAAAAGUAUUGCACUUUGAGGAGGCAGCAGGUGGUUGCCAAUUAACCCGAGAUCUGUGAUGAUUCAGGCAUGCAAGUCGUCACUUGAUGUUGCAGUCAUCAGGUGAUGAACUUGCAUGCAUGAUCUGCCCCUCAGUCACCAUCCAGGGAAAAGUGCUUACUGUAGGUCAGUGUUUCCCAGACUUGGGACUCCAGUUGUUUUUGGACUACAGUCCCCAUCAUCCCUGACCACUGCUCCUGCUAGCUAGGGAUGAUGGGGGUUGUGUUAGUAUUUUCAUUCUCCAUUGCUGGAUCAUAUGUUCCUAUGUUUACUUUUCUGUACUGUUGCAUAUGGGAACAGAAGUCAGUCUGAGAUACUUCCGCUCUUUGUUCUCUGUCUCUCUUCUGAGGGAACUGUCUGUGUGAGAAGACGCAGCUCACCGCUCGUCAUGAUGCUUUUGUUUUCUUUGCUGUAAAUAAAGACACUUUAUUAUUAUUAUUAUUAUUUAUUUAUUUAUACCCCACCCAUCUUGCUGGGUUUCCCCAGCCACUCUGGGCGGCUUCCAACAAAACACUAAAAUACAAUAACCUAUUAAACAUUAAAAGCCUCCCUAAACAGGGCUGCCUUCAGGUGUCUUCUAAAAGUUUGGUAGUUAUUUUUCUCUUUGACAUCUGGUGGGAGGGCGUUCCACAGGGUGAGUGCCACUACCGAGAAGGCCCUCUGCCUGGUUCCCUGUAAUUUGGCUUCUCGCAGCGAGGGAACCGUCAGAAGGCCCUCGGCUCUGGACGUCAGUGUCCAGGCAGAACGAUGGGGGUGGAGACACUCCUUCAGGUAUACUGAGCUGAGGCCAUGUAGGGCUUUAAAGGUCAGCACCAACAUUUUGAAUUGUGCUCGGAUAUCCGACACAAUCUCACUUUCACUGAACUGCUAAUGCGUGCUCAACAUCUACGGAUGUGGGUCAAAAUGUUUUGCAGGACCGGCCCAGAGUAAUGCCCCGAUAGGUUGUAGACCAGAAACAGCUAGAGAACCAAGUUUGGAAAACACUGCUGAAGGCAGUGCAGAGAGCACCUUUGCAGCAUCACAGAUAUGGCAACAGGAGAGGGGUGCAACUUGUAAGAUUUGCAAUAUAAACACACUUAGCUAGAAUUAAGCCCCAUUGGCUGAUAAAAGAUUCUUCCAGGCGGUACAUUUAGCUACAGCACUGGCUGAAUAGGUUUUUAACAUACCAUAAACACCUUUGGUGAAUGCAGUGUGUUCACCAGGACAGUGGCAUCUGCUCUGACCAAUUUAGUUAAUGCUGUAAUUAAACAUCACUUGGAAGGAUAUUCCAUCUGAUGGUGUGUGUGUGUUUUUUUUUAAAAAAAGGAAAAAUAGGCUAGCACAGGCCCUGCUGGCAUAGGGCUUCUACAUUAAUUCCCACUGCUAACUUUAUUUAUUGCAUUUCUCAUUUAUAGCAUCUUUGACAUGAUAAAUGGCAAGCAGUAUAUUUCCACCUCACCCCCUUUGUUGCUCUAGUACUCCGAAAGCAGAGCUCUGACAUAAGUCAGCUUUUUGAAGUCUCCUGCUGCAUCUUCUAUUGGAGCUACCGCAAAGUCUAUGUAAAUCAGUUGUUUGUGGCUCAUCUAGUUCAAAGCUACCCGUUUUAGCGAUUUUCUGCCUCAGCAGAUAAGUCAAAAGUUAUUCCGUAAUUAAUAUUUCAAAUCCCUUUUGUUUUUGAAUUAGUGAAUCACAAGUUAGUCCACCGAGUAUUCCUGCCUGAUAAUAUCCAUGCACAAAAGGGUAAAUUAAAUUAUUACCGCCAUCCGUGCAAAGGCUGCUGUUUUCAAGCCUGGAUAUUCUCAAAGCUCCAGAAAUUAUUUCCGCAUAGAAAAGUAAAAUGCUAUGACCUAGCUGUGUUUGUGUGUGUACACAUAGUGCGGUCUCUCUGCCUCAUAUAUUCCACCAUAAUGCAGAAGAAAAAAACGGAAACUCUCCUGCUUCUUUGCAUCCGUCAUCCCUCUGUGCAUCCCCUCCUUUUUAUUGCAGCAGCAGCACCCCCUGCCCUUACUGCCUAGGAAUAGGGGAGACUUGCUUAUUGCAAUCCGCUAUAAUAAUGGGACGCGGGUGGCGCUGUGGGUUAAACCACAGAGCCUAGGACUUGCUGAUCAGAAGGUCGGCGGUUCAAAUCCUCGUGACGGGGUGAGCUCCCGUCGCUCGGUCCCUGUUUCUGCGCACCAAGCAGUUCGAAAGCAUGUCAAAGUGCAAGUAGAUAAAUAGGUACCGCUCCGGCAGGAAGGUAAACGGCAUUUCUGUGCGCUGCUCUGGUUCGCCAGAAGCAGCUUAGUCAUGCUGGCCACAUGACCCGGAAGCUGUACGCUGGCUCCCUCGGCCAAUAAAGUGAGAUGAGCGCCGCAACCCCAGUCGGCCACGACUGGACCUAAUGGUCAGGGGUCCCUUUACCUUUACUAACAUGAACUCAGGAUCCUUGUUCUCUACCAGGGAUUUUAGACAUUGAAGUAGUCCUAGAACAUUGCCUUCAAGUGGCCAUUCCUCGUAUCCCUGCAAAGUUUUUGACCGGUCAUCUCCAGGCAGCCCUUUCUUCAUUUCUGUUCUCUCUUUUUUUGCACAGGCAUCAAGCCAUUCAAAUGCUCCCUGUGCGAAUAUGCCACUCGCAGCAAGAGCAACCUGAAAGCUCACAUGAACCGCCACAGCACUGAGAAGACCCACCUGUGCGAUAUGUGCGGGAAGAAGUUCAAAUCCAAAGGCACCCUGAAGAGCCACAAGCUCCUCCACACCGCCGAUGGCAAGUAGCUCUCUAUCAGGGCUGAGACCACCCAAAGCCCUUCCGCAAUGGUUUGCAUCAUAUUGCUUGUUUGAAAUUGCAAGCUAGCAGCGACUCAGAGCAAUGCAGUGGUGCUUCAUGGAGUUAGGGUGGCUUGCAUAGAAAACCCUAUACAAACUUGCGCCGGGGGUGGGGGAGUUCUGCCCCACAGGGCUAAUUAGACCUGGCACGGGUUCAGAUUUGGCCUGCAAGGUUAUUUCCCCCAAGCCAUGCCCACCUGCCCCGCAGCUGAUGUGAUGUAUAACAUCAGGUGCAGGGCAAACAGAGUUGUGGCUGCCGAUGCACAACUGGAAGUCUUAAAGGGCGCUCCUGAUUUCCCAUUGGAAAUGGAGAGCAAGUGUGCUGGGUUCAGCUGCACUGCGGUCAUGGCACAGGAAACUCCACUGGGCUUAAGUUACCACUUAUUAGCAGAUAGGCAGCGACUCCAGGCCUGUCGGAUCAUGCAACCAAUCCUGAAGAAGGCGGUAAUUUCAAGGCUGCUUGUCAACUAAUAGCUGCUGGCUUCAACCUUCAGCUGAUCAGCGGGGCUUCAGAGCGCUUUGCCAAGACCCAGGUGGUGCUCUGAAGUCCUAACCAACAUCAUUUGAUGCCAAGUAAUUGACAAGUCGGUGGUAAGGGAGAUAAAGACCUGUGCUACGCCAUGCCACACAGAAGCCCUGUGCAUGGAGUGAAUCAAUUGGCUCCUUGAUAUCACAACCUGCCCAAUGACGCGUCUAAAAAAAACCCAAAACACCAAGGUGUUAAGAUUCCAUCUGCUCACACAUUGUUACCUCUCACCUUUGUUUCUUUUCCAACACUCUCUAAAGGUGCCUAAAUGCAAGCAGUGUGUUUUGCACCAAGUUUUAUUAUAUGCAUGAAGAAUAGUCAGAGUUGCAUUGCUAGAUUAGAUCAAAGAUUCACCUAGCACUUCCUGUCAACUAGCAAGCCACUUCUGUUCUUGGGAGGCUGUUUAUGCAAACUCAGCAGUCCCCUGUCCAACAUUUUUCUAUUCCUUCCUCUUGCCAAGAAUGGCACAUCAGUACAGAAUGAAUCUCUGUCCGAGUUUAUUGCUGUUCACAGUAACUAAUGAAACACAGAGCAUGACUUCUAAGUUCAAUUAGAUAGUGAACGUUCUAAACAUCAAGCCUUUUCCCUCCACCGUGUUUUAUGGGAACUGUCAGCCUUAUGCAUAAGCUUCUCUGGAAAUCCAUCAACAACUUAAAAUUUAGAGGAGAAAACUUGACAAGUUAGUAUAGAUUUGCCUUUUCAACUUGCACUUUGGGGUUCCCUUUUAAGUUUUUGACAGCUGUUGCUGAAAGGAUUUCAAACAGAAAUUCUCUGUCGUGGUAAUGAAGGAGGAGCUGGAGUAAAACAGACCUCUGUGCAGGUUUUAAUAUGCUCGCAUCAUACUGAGAGUCUUCCACAGUUUGCAAACAGCUGAGAGUUAAAGAGAGAAGGGCUACCGAUUUAGCUUCUAAAAAGAGGCACGACAGAUGCUUUAAAUGCUGUAAACUGUUCUGCAGUCCAGACUUGUAUAGCAUAAAGUCAAGCAAAUAAAUAAAUGAUGUGAAAUGUUAAAAGGGGCAUUCGGGAAGAAAAUUGCUUGAAGCACUUACGACAUGCUCAGGUUUAUUUAAAGUUUCUUUUAUGCCAUCAGGAUUCAAAGGCUGUUACUCCCUUGUGUUUGUUUGUUGUCCUACGAAUCUAAGGAGUCAAUACCAAUGUACAUAAACCAGGAAUUAUACAGUUUUUAAAGCCUCCGGCUUUACUUUUGAGUAUAUUGGGGCAAAGCUAGAUGUGGUGUAGGGCAUCUAUGAUCGAGAUCUCCUAUUGUCAAUUUUAAAAUGUUGUGAAGCUUAAAGAAGCCACAGGGAAGGGGUUAUGAGAAAGAGGGGGAUAACCUUUUCCACAGCACCAUUUGCCUAGCCUGAAUUCUCCACCACAUUUGGGGAUGGUAGUUUAGAUCAGGAAAAUGUUGUGGUGGAAGGAUUAAAACACCUCCUGACCUAUCACUGCUGCCCCAACUUGAUUUGCCACCCAUGAAAACCUACAGGAGAACUGACUCGUUGAUGUUCCCUUGUCACAUUUAAUUAACCUUUUAGACUGUCCAAAGACCUUUGAAACUGUGGACUUUAAGAGAGGCAAAAUCAUUCUAGUUUUGCCUUAGGUGGUGAUUCUCCUUCAGGACACUUCAUUCUCUCAAGUUCAUCCCCUCAAUAGAACACAUUCAAGUGAUUUCAGAGAUUGCCAUCUGAAGGCAACUGACCAAACAUGCAUCAAGAAGAUACGUAAAUGGAAACUCAACAUAACAGUGAAACCGUAUCACAAAGGCGGGUAAAUCACAGCUUCAGAAACAAAUAAAAGCAGCAUUAUAGAAACAGAAAUUCAGGAAUAGCAGGGUUAAAUCAUGAUGGUUGCUACUUCAUAUCUGUUUUCCUCUGUUUAAAUGAGACAAUGCAUUUGUAUCUGAAUUGGUUGGUUUUCUGUUUCAGGGAAACAGUUCAAGUGCACAGUGUGCGAUUAUACUGCCGCACAAAAGCCACAGCUGCUGAGGCACAUGGAGCAGCAUGCUUCGUUCAAGGUAAGGAGGUUGCUGCUGACUUGGCUGCGUGAACCGCUGUGCUGCCAAGCAGUUGUUGCGGGUGCAGCACAUGGCAGCGGUUGAGAUACUGCAGCAAACUAUGCCCAAGGUUAGAGGGUCCAGAUUUAGAUGUCCCUGGACCGGCAUGGGAAGCUGGAGCCAGAGAGAUCCUUAUAACUUCUGUCUUCUCCCCCCUCCCAUGGGCCAAGUUUGUCAGGUGGGGUUUCCCACCUCCAAAUCACCUGGCAUCGCGAUGACAUCUGGUGACCUGUUUUUGCCUGCACAGGUUGCAGUUAAACCAUACUGGCACAGGCAUGUCUAGAACUGUGUGGGGUGCUUUAAAGCCCUGAUAUUCAGCUGGUUAUCUAUUUCUCCUGAUUUGAUAGGUAUCUCUUCUGUACACUUCUCUCCCCUGCCUUUAGUCUUUAAGUUUUGUUUCACUUCCCUGCCCUUAAGCCUCAGAUCCUUGGGCUGAACUUUGACUCUCCUGUAGCUUUCGAAGCUGUGGCUCAAAACAACCUGUGCAUUGGGGAUAUUAAAACAAAAGGCCUGCUAUUUUACAACAGAAACAAACCCCCAAAGGCUAAGAAGCUACAUUCUAGGUGAUGAUGAUGCUUAUGCAUUUUAUCAUUGAUGUGUUUUAGCCCUCUUCAGGCAUUCAAAAGAACACAUCUUUUAAUGUAUCCAGGAUUGCAUAUUUAUGCAAUUUACUUUCUCCAUGCUUGCAUUUUUGGGAUUCGUCUUUCCUUCCGAUAUUUACAGAAAGAAUUCUAGCUAGCUACAGUUACAAUAUAAUAUGAUGCCAUCUGUAUUUUAUUGGUUUUGUGGAUGUCAGCAAGGCUAAGGUAAUUAUUUUCUUUUCAGUAAUUCUGUCUCGUGCUCUCAAGAUAUUAGACCAAUAUUAUUUCAGCGAAUGAACAUGUCCACCUUAAACAGAAACAUGCUGGCAUUUCUUGUGUGCAUCCCAGAAUAGAUGAUGAUAAAACACGGUCAUUUUGUAUAGUUUCUGAGGCAGAUAUUCCAUCUGGUCACCAUUCUGGCAUAUGUUUAAAAAGAUGCAAACGAAGAAUGCCUGGCCAAAAAUUCCAUGAACAAGGCGAAUUCUGAAGUCAUUUGAACCGAUUAUCAGCACCAAACUAUUUAAGUGGCUGGGACAUAAUGUACUGCAGUGGCUGAUGCAAGGCCGAGAGUGGAGGAUUGUGUUAGGCUGAGUAAGAUAAAACAAUAGAAAGUACGUUUCCGAGUACAAUUCAAAAUGUUGGUGCUAAUCUUUAAAGCCCUAAACGGCCUCAGCCCAAUAUACCUGAAGGAGCGUCUCCACCCCCAUCGUUCUGCUCCAACUCCGAGGGCCUUCUGGCGGUUCCCUAACUGCAAGAAGCUACAGGGAACCAGGCAGAGGGCCUUCUUGGUCGUGGCGCCUGCCCUGUGGAAUGCCCUCCCACCAGAUGUCAAGGAAAUAAGCAACUAUCUGACUUCUAGAAGACAUCUGAAAGCAGCCCUGUUUUUGAUGUUUGAUCUUUUAUCGUGUUUUUAAUGUUUGUCUUUUUAAUGUUCUGUUGGGAGCCACCCAGAGUGGCUGGGGAAACCCAACCAGAUGGGCGGGGUAUAAAUUAGUAGUAGUAGGCUGAAUGGUGCGCACAUAUAAAUGGCACUAGCCUAUCAACACCCUCCAGGCCUGUCUCUCAAGCCCUUGAGACUCUCCCCAAGCCACAGCCCUCACUACCCCUGGUGUAGGUCGCCCUCAAGUGCUUUUGUCUGCUAGAAUGGGUCCUUGGCCACAUACACAGCACCCUUCUAAAAAGCAGCGUUGUACCAACCAUGUCUUCCCCAAAAGAAUCCUGGGAACUGUAGUUUGUCAGGGUUGCCAAGAUUUGCUAAGAAACCCCUAUUCCCCUCGCAGAGACGCAACUCUCAGAGUUUCCCAGAAAGAAGAACUGGUUGUCAAGCAGCUCUUGCAGCUGUAGCUCUAGGAGGAAGAUGGGGGGGGGGGUCGGGUCUCUUUGCAACCCUCAGCACCCUUAAACUACAGCUCCCAGAAUUCCUUGCAGGGAGAGGAGCAAUGACUGUUAAAGUGGUAUGAUAGUGAUUUCAAUGUAUGUUGCUGCUGUGGCUCUGUGGUAGUGCUUUUGCUUGUCUGGAUGUGUGUGUGUGUGUUUGUGUGUGUGUGUGUGUGUGUGUACACACACACAUGCAGAAAGCUCUUACUUUAGUGUGAAUGGAACAUAGCCUACAGUUCAGAGAGUCAAAUAUAUUUCUCUGCCUAUUUGGCAUCUGUCCUCAGCAGUCACUGCAUGGUGUAGGAAAGGGUUCCAAAGCCCUCUUUUUAAAAUAUGGCCUUGAGCUAUCACAAGUGAUAAAUUGAACAACAGCGAUUAAAAUGUAUGCGUGGGCUUUGUGACACCAAGCAGGUACUUAACAAUCUCUCACUUCGUUCCGCGUGUGGUCUCUCCAUGACCUUCUUUGCAUUUCUGUAUUUAUUUAUGUGUUCACUACAUCUAUGUUCCUUUUCUCUUUUUACCAGCACCCUCAACGUCCUUAAAAAUGCAAUAUUAUAAAUAAUAAACGCAUGCUUAUAUUUUUUUAAAAAAAUUGCAUGAAACCCUCCCGCUUAAUUUUGGUUCGAGAAGCCUACCCUUCAGAAUGACAGUUGUUUUACAUUUCUCGGCAUAAAUAUCCUUAAAUAGAAUUUGGUGCCAUUUGAAGAAUGUUCAGAGGGAAAUGAAUAACAAAUGGUCAAAUGGUACAGAAAGAUAAAGAGGAUCGAUGGGCUCCUACUCAUUAAACUCAGUUGGGAAUUGCUUUCAACUUACCAUACAUAGUAAAGCAGGCAUAGGCAAACUCGGCCCUCUAGAUGUUUUGAGACUACAAUUCCCAUCAUCCCUGACCACUUGUCCUGUUAGCUAGUGAUGAUGGUAGUUGUAGUCCUAAAACUUCUGGAGGGCUGAGUUUGCCUAUGCCUAUAGUAAAGAAAUGGAAGCGAAGCAGAUGCAAAACAGUUGAUUUUUAAAGAUUCGCUGAUGGGGGGGUGGGAACAGUUCAAGUUGGCACUCGGCCUACUUAGGCUGUCCAGCUAGAUAGUAAACAGAGACACUUCCCAUGAGGAAGAUGGAUGAAGGAAGAUGGACUGGGUACCAGUUUUGUUAAAUGCUGCACUGAUCACCUUGAACAGAGGCACCUUAGCCUGCUUAGAGACUGUUGGGAAGCUACACGUUGAUUUUUUGCCUUGGUGCCACCACUUGUGCUAUGUCUCCAUAAUCCAUUCUUUGCCUGUACAUUUCUGAGCAGAGCUACUUUCACAACCCAUACCUUGGAAGACUCUGCUGUUUCUUCUUAAGCAUCCUUACCCAUCACAUGCUGCCCUUACCUUCUCAAGGCUUGAGGCAGGGAGUCUGGACCAAAGCAGUAUCUAUCGUUCCCCACUAAUUGGCUGCAUCGCUGGUUACAGUGCCUCUCCACAGGGAUGCCCUCAGGUACUAAGGUCCCAGUUACAAAAGAUGCCUUUCACCUAAGCACUCAGCAACCAGGGAAGGGUUGCAGAUGCAGCAGCUUCCAAGAAGCAUCUUCCAAACAGAGGUCAAGUGCAGAGAGUCAGUUGAGUCACCAACCAAAUCCAGAGAUAAGACCAGGAAACAGUCCAAGGUCAACAUCACAGGGAGUUCAACCAAGGCAACUUCUGCCACCAGGGACUAGAAGCCAUGGAGCUGUGUUGUUUCUCGCCAGUGGAAGACUUACAAGGGAGGUCUUAUAUACUCAGGCCUCCUAAACCACAUCCAAACCACAGCUGUUGCCAAUGAACAGGGACCACUUACUCACGAGUAGACCACCAACACCGGGUCUUGUAAAUGCAUACUGAGCCAUCGCUCUUUGGCCCUAAAAGUGUUUGGUUCCAGUGCUAUUGAGGGCUUAGGGGCUGCUUCACUUUCUCCUUGUGGUUCCAGAAGUUCAUUAUUGGGUAUCAACCCAGAGGUCCCCUCAAGGGAAUUCUCAGCAUUGGAUUCAAGGAGCCCUGCCAGCUCCUCAAGGUCCCCAACAUUUAGGUCAGGGCUAGGCAUGCCAUUACCUUGGUAUCUCAAGGUUCUCCAAAUGCUGGGUUUCCCAGUAACUUUGCAAGGUAAUUUGCACUGUAAAAGGUGUCUAAAGUUGGAUGGCGGCUAACAGAUUGAGGUUGAAUCCUGAUAAGACAGAAGUACUGUUCUUGGGGGACAGGAGGCGGGCAGGUGUGGAGGACUCCCUGGUCCUGAAUGGGGUAACUGUGCCCCUGAAGGACCAGGUGCGCAGGCUGGGAGUCAUUUUGGACUCGCAGCUGUCCAUGGAGGCACAGGUCAAAUCUGUGUCCAGGGCAGCUGUUUACCAGCUCCAUCUGGUAUGCAGGCUGAGACCCUAUCUGCCUGCGGACUGCCUCGCCAGAGUGGUGCAUGCUCUGGUUAUCUCCCGCUUGGCCUACUGCAAUGCGCUCUACGUGGGGCUACCUUUGAAGGUGACCCAGAAACUACAACUAAUCCAGAACGCAGCAGCUAGACUGGUGACUGGGAGCGGCCACCGAGACCACAUAACAUCCGUCUUAAAAGACUUACAUUGGCUCCCAAUACGUUUCCGAGCACAAUUCAAAGUGUUGGUGCUGACCUUUAAAGCCCUAAAUGGCCUCGGUCCUGUAUACCUGAAGGAGCGUCUCCACCCCCAUCGUUCUACCCGGACACUGAGGUCCAGCACCGAGGGCCUUCUGGUGGUUCCCUCGCUGUGAGAAGCCAAGUUACAGGGAACCAGGCAGAGGGCCUUCUCGGUAGUGGCGCCCUCCCUGUGGAACGCCCUCCCACCAGAUGUCAAAGAGAACAACUACCACCAGACUUUUAAAGACACCUGAAGGCAGCCCUGUUCAGGGAAGCUUUUAAUGUUUGAUGUAUUAGAGUAUUUUAAUAUUUUUUUUGGAAGCCGCCCAGAGUGGCUGGGGCAACCCAGUUAUAUGGGCAGGGUAUAAGUAAUAUGUUGUUGUUGUUAUCAUGCCUGAAUGAGGAGUUGGACCAGAACAUCCCACAUCCAAAACCAAAGCUGUAUCACACCAUAACAUUGCAAGUGGCUCUGUGAAUUGUUGUUGCUAAGGCAUCUAAGCUGGAAUACAAAAUCGGUCCAAAGAUAUUUUUUUUAUGACCUUUAGACCAUUUAAAGGUCACAGCAGUUUUUAUUGUUAAAUAGCCAAGCAGGCAACUAUGAUAUUUCAAUAAUAGGCAGUAUUGUGGCUGUAAGAAAUAGCCUUCUGAAGAUAUUGAUAGUUCCUUCCCACACACAUUUUGCAGGAUACGCACUGAAAGACAGAUUUUAUUGUCGCAGUGUUCUUUUUUCUCAGUCUUUUAACCCUUUUGUGCAUGUGAAAACUCCACAGAGCCAACUAUAUUUUUCUGAUAGGACUGCUGAGUCCUGACCACAUGCACAAGGAACUGUUUUCUGAUGUGGCCUAGUAAAGAGAAGCGAAUGAAACGCCUUCCUUACACCAAUUACCUUUCAGCCUCAAUUCCCCAUUGUUAAAAUGGGAAUAUGAACAACUGCUUCUCAGCAUUGUUGUGCACCCGAAACAUGUUUCAGGAAUGUUAAUGCCUUGUUAUGUUCAAUAUUCUAGUCAGGAAACCUAUUUACAUGGAUUUAUUUGAGGUCUCUAAAGGAAACUUUGUAGGACAUCUGUACUGAUUGAUUUUUGUGAAGUGAUUAAUUUUUUGUAAAGCACACGAUGCAAUUCUAACUGGACUAGCUCUGGAGACUGAGUGCCUUUGUUCGGUCAGGGGAAAAUAGUAUUUCUGAGCUUUCAUAGUUCCCAGACAAUGAUAUUUUUUUUGCAGUGGAAACCAGUAUACUGAUCGGUAAAUAGACCAUAUUGCAUUCUUCUCUUCCCAUUGUUGCUGACUUCUCCUCAGCAUUGCUAGGAAAGUCACUGAAAUAGUGCAGACCGAGUCUGGAGAAGAAAGUCUUGAGACCAAGAAACUGUACAAAAAUAGUGUAUAAUUGGAGGAGACAGGAACAGAGAGGUCUUCCUUACUUCAGGCCUUCAACCAAACAUACAGAGGAAACAGUCCACCAGCUAAUUAGAGGACAUGCUACCUCAGUGAAGAUCGCGCCACUGCUCUAGGGAGGGCCAGAGAAGAUGCAACCGGGGCGGCCAUGUUUGUUUACUCAUUUGCCUGUCCCAGUCACAUGCAAAACAGGGAUGGAGGGUGUUUGUCUUACAUUUUUUCAUCACGAGGGACGUGGAUAUAGGGAGCAGAAUGCCUGGAUGCUGAGCAGAUGCACUGUCCUUGCACCACACUCUUCUUGUGCACGAGGCUGAGGAAUUCCACUGAACGUCCAGUUGGGAUAAUUGCAAUUUAUAUGUGCAGAGUUGUGCACAACCUUUGCAUGUUCUUCCCCCACAUCAAUUUCUUUUGCUAGUCAUUUCUGAAUGAGGCAUCAGCUCUGUGUUCCUCGUGUCUGCCUGGAGAAGCAUGUCACUAAAUUAGUACAGGGCAUUAAUUUUAAUGCAGUGUAAUUUAUUGAGUAGCUGGAAAUUCUGCAGUUGUGGGUGGUUUUUUUGCAACUUCAGAGUGAGUGAUGCUACCUUGCUUUGCCAAUCCAUCUUUUUAUGGAGGAGACCAGGACUCAGCAGCCACGACACAUAAAUACUUCGCGGAGCUGUUCGGUGCCAAUGAAUUUCUGCCUUAUUGUGAAACUUUGCAAGGCAUAAAAAUGUAAUACAGUUGGAGAUAAGGCAUUUCUAAGGCAUUGGCUUGCAUGUGUUGCUCUAGAAGCGUUACCUAAUGGAACAAAUUAGCUAGCUAACGUACAUAUUGAGAUAGAUUUGAAUCUUGCUGUUUUUAAGCCAGAAGCGUAGGUCUUCUGUAAAGUUCUGAAGACAGGAAACAGAUACGGCUAAUUCAUUUCCUUUCUCCUUCUGCAGCCUUUCCGGUGUGCACACUGCCAUUAUUCCUGCAACAUAUCUGGUUCUCUGAAGAGACAUUACAACAGGAAGCAUCCCAACGAAGAGUAUGUUAAUGCUGGCUCUGGAGAGCUUGCCGCCGAAGCCCUUCUCCAGCAAGGUGACCUGUCUUAUUUUGAAACCGUCGCGCACAAAAAUUACUCCUUUGAAUUAAGACACAAUUAAAUUUCUUUUGCAGAGAGAGCUGAGUAUGCUGUGGCAGAAUGUUGUGGCAGGCUUAGCUUUUCAGUGGUGGACAGUGAUGGGAUUUUGUGUGUGUGUGUGUGUGCUUGUUUGUCUGUCUGUGUGUGUGUGUGUGUGUGUGUGUGUGUGGCACUGUCAUCACUUCCCUGAAAGAAAAAACCUGUAGCAAACCUUGUGUGCAAAUUGAAAAUCCACAUGAAUGAAAGCUGGAGGGAAGCCAACACCCUCUUGUGGAUCGGCCCAGGUUUAAAUUCCUACAGAACGCGUUCUUGGCUCUUUCUUAAUGGGAAUGAUGCCAUAGGCACUUUUAAAGGAAGAAAGCUGUUGCUGUAUUUGAGAAAAGGUUAUUUUUUCCCAGUUACGCUUUUUUUUUUUACAUUUUGAAAACUGGCUGUGCAGCUGUGAUCAGAGUUGGCACCUCCAAUCCUGAAUGUAUUUACCUGGGGUUGUAUUCAGUUGUGUCUCUCCUUGUCCAUCAGUCUCUGGCUCAGCAGAAGGCAUCUGUUACUAUAGAAUGGGGGGGAGGCCAUUUUCGCUGAUUCUCCCUUCCCUCUGCAGCUCUCCUCCCUCGCCCACCCUUCACCAGCUCAAGAGAGGCAGGGGACAUUUUGGAACAGUGCAGCGGACAGCAGGAGAAAGGGGAGAUCUGCAAAAAUCAGUCUGCACCCCACUUUCAUCCCGCAGAAGAAUCCCCUGGAUUCACUAGCUCUCUGUCCACAGAUGGACAUGGUAGGACACACCCCAUGGAACUUCUGUUGGUUUCUGCAGAAACAGCUUCACAGGAUGACACCUUUGAUUUGAUGAACUGCAUCUCAUGGAGCAAGCAAACCUAACAUUCUGCUCAUUGCUUCAGGGUAUUCUUCUCACUGCGGGGAACGGGAAGCUGACCUAGAGAUGAGCCUUUGGCCUGAUUCAGCAGGCCACCUUCUUGCAUUCUUAACCUAGCCAGUUCUUCUCUGCGUCACUUGUGAAACCGCCCUGUGGGUCAAAUCCUACUUGGUUAAAUGCUUAGCGUUCCUCCCGCAAAGCAUUCUUCUCUUGUACUUGGUUCCUGCAUACAUUUCUCAGUUUCAUUGCAUCAGCUCAGCUCACUUCCAAAUAACUAGCUGAGCAUCAGAGUAGGUGCCUGAGCAUUUUUCAAUCCUUCCUGCUUAUGUGAGUUUUUGUUGUUUUGAUAUUCACUAGAGCCUGGGAAGAUAAAAGAGGAAGCAGGGAGGGAGAGGAAUUCGAGAGGACUCUUUUCACUACUCCGGGCCCUAUCUAAUUAAAAACGGGUUUUGCCGAACAACAUAGUAUCUGGAUGCAACUGCAGGAGAUGUGCACACUGCACUCUUAAGGGACAUUUUGCUGCUGUGCAGUUGGAAAUCUGAUAGCCCAGUCCAGUAGCUUCUUAAGUAUGAAACAUAUUCAAGGAUUCAGGACAUUGAAAAGUGUGUAACACUACUGCAAGUGGGGAAUUAAAAGGAAGCCAAAUUUGAUUGCCUUUUGUUGGGAGAUGCUGAGCUGUUUGUGGAAGUUGACUCCCUUGUUUUAUUUUUGAUGGUUUCCAAGUGUUUAUCCCCAUAUUGAACGAAAAAAUGCAGAACUUUCCCCCUCCUUAAAAAGCAUCUUGCAGGGAUUUCAAAAUUCGCUUUUUUUUUUUUACAGUAGAAUAGAUGCCAGACUAACACAGCCGCUCUAGAUAAUGAAUAAAACAUCAUUCUCCCAAGCGUGACAUUUCAAAAAAGCAUUUCCAAAUUAUUCUUUUCUUCUUUCUUAGCUGUUUAAAAUAAAAUGUCUGCAAAGAAUUCACAUUUAUCGGAAGAGCUAACCCAUGUUCCAACAACACAGAAACAGUGACAGAAGCCAAAUGCAUUCAGAAUAAAUGCUGUCUGCCCUCCCCCUUCCAAUGUUGCAAAUAUGGGAACUGGAGGACAAAAGCAGGGGUCGGCAACCUAAGGCCCAUGGGCUGGAAGCAGCCCACGGAGGCCGUUUAACUGGCCCACGAGCCACCCUGAUCUGUGGCCCACGUGCCACCCUGAACUGAGCCACCUGUUUGGUGAGUUCCUGCGCGCUGUGCUAAACCAGCGUAGCGUGGGGACUCUCUUCUGUGGCUCCAGAAAACGCUUCUGCGCAUGCCCAGACGCCGAAAAUCGCUUCUGCACAAGCGCGAUUUCCAGCACCGCUGACAUGCGCAGACGCGAUUUCCGGCAUCGCACUGCGCCGGCCCAGCCCACGGAGGAUCUCCAUGGGAGUGAUCCUGCCCAUGCCCAGUAAGCCUUGCCAACCCCUGGACAAAAGCAUCGCAAUGAGUGCACCCAGAUGUUAGUUUCUUUGAGUCCUCCAAACCGCAGUGAAGAUUGAGGUCUGCGGUACCUUAGAAACAAAUGCAUUUGUUGCAGCAUGGACUUUGAAGGGGCGCUGUACAUCCAUUGAAAAGUACGUGCAUUGUAUUCCAAUGGCCCCAGAUCCAGUUCCGGUCAUCUGCUGCCUGAAACCUCGAGAGCCGCUGUCUGUCAUUGUAGACAGUACUGAGCUAAUGGACUGAUGGUCCGGCCUGGAAUAAGGCUGCUUCCUAUCUCUGUUGGCAUGUGAAUCAGGUGCAUGGGCAGCCAUGUUUGUUUUUCCAUGGACAAACGUAUUUGUGCAACAGCAGCCAAGAAUGCAAGUACAGUGGUACCUCUGGUUACGUACUUCAUUCUUUCUGGAGGUCUGUUCUUAACCUGAAACUGUUCUUAACCUGAAGCACCACUUUUGCUAAUGGGGCCUCCCGCUGCUUGCGCGCUGCUGCCACUUGAUUUCUGUUCUCAUCCUGAAGCAAAGUUCUUAACCCGAGGUACUAUUUCUGGGUUAGCGGAGUCUGUAACCUGAAACGUAUGUAACCUGAAGCGUCUGUGACCCGAAGUACCACUGUAUAGAAACAGGGCAAGCCAUACAUUUGAUGGAAUGGGGAGCAGUUUCCACUUCAUGAACCUUCACAACUUUGCAUUAGGAAAUGGGGGGGACGGGCUCUGCACAGGAAGCCAGGAACGUAUCUAUGCACGCUGGAUUUAUAGUUUCCCCCCUAUGAUACACAGAUGUGUAUCUAGUAGCCAGAUUAACUUGUUUUAGAAGUUAAAGAGAAAGGAAAUGUCAGGAGCUGGAGGCAAGCACAGGUCAGCAAUCAAAAGGGGGGGGGACCCCUCCGUGUUAGUGCAGUUAAAUCUUUAUUGUUGUUGUUUAGUCGUGUCCGACUCUUCGUGACCCCAUGGACCACAGCACGCCAGGCACUCCUGUCUUCCACUGCCUCCCGCAGUUUGGUCAAACUUCGAGAACACUGUCCCACCAUCUCGUCCUCUGUCGUCCCUUUCUCCUUGUGCCCUCCAUCUUUCCCAACAUCAGGGUCUUUUCCAGGGAGUCUUCUCUUCUCAUGAGGUGGCCAAAGUAUUGGAGCCUCAGCUUCACGAUCUGUCCUUCCAGUGAGCACUCAGGGCUGAUUUCCUUCAGAAUGGAGAGGUUUGAUCUUCAUGCAGUCCAUGGGACUCUCAAGAGUCUCCUCCAGCACCAGAAUUCAAAAGCAUCAAUUCUUCGGCAAUCAGCCUUCGUUAUGGUCCAGCUCUCACUUCCAUAAAUCUUUAUGCAAGAAACCAAAACAGCGCAGGCCCAGCAACCUCUCCCCAGUUGGUCUUGCUCCAAGAAGGCAUUUGCACGAACUGAAGGCCUCCGCCUUCCCACCACUUCCCAAGUCUCUUCCUCUCCCAAGUAUUUCCCAAGCAGUCGCAAAUUGCGUCUGUGCACAACCUGCCUCUGCUCUGCCCUCCUCACUUCUCUGCACAUUCUGUGAGACCAGGGGAGAGGUAGCUGGUCCCGGCAGGAGGGGGAGACUCCCUUACUUCUUCAGCAGCCUGCCUCUCUGUCUCCGGGCCUCCCUCCCAGCCUCCAUUUCUGCCUCUGAGUCUGAAUCGCCCUCUGCCACAGCCUCUUCCUGCUCACCAAACCCUGUCACCUCUUCUGCUUGCGACCCUUCCUCCUCCCAGUCUGCUCCCUCUGACCACUCAUCGCCAUUCCACCACCAACCCCCCUGGCUCUGAAUCUUCUUUCCCUGGGGAUUCCCUUGGGGGUUCCCCAGCUGGGUAGGGGCCCCCCAAUUCCUCUGCAUCCAGCCACUCCAUGACAGGAGACCACCUGAAUUGUAGAUAAAAUGAGCUAACAACAGGGCCUGGGCAUAUCCCUGCUAUCUCUAAAAUACCCUUCAAAGACAGCCAACCACAUGGCCUCCCUGUCGCCAAAAAGAAGGUACCGUGGCCAGAAUACAGGUUGUAAACUUCAGGCAGAUUUGCCCAGUGAAGCUAAACCUAUUAAUUAUUUUGUUGCUUAAACUUUCCUGCAUUUUUUAAAGACAAACUGUAAGGAUCUGGAGCUGUAACCAUUGAUAAGGAAAUAGCCCAGGGCAUGCAGUUGCAUGUAGAGUUCUAGUAAGAAAAGUACUUAAUGGAAGUGUUUUCCAGUAAGUUUCCCUAUGGGUGUCCUGAUGCUGUAGCUUAAACUCAAGGACUGUAAGAAGGAGGUUCACCGUGGGAAGCUGCAGAUAGGAAGCCUUCUAAAACGAGCGUUUUCCCAUACUAUCAGUAGCACAGAGAUCCUCGGGGGUUUUCUGGCUGCUUGUUAUCUGCGACUUCUUUUCAUUUUGUGACCCCUUAUUAAUGCAAUAUAGAAACUAAAUGUCACAUCCAAGCGACCAGUUAGUGCAUUAAUAGAGUGUGUGUGUGUGUGUGUCCAGGGGGAUGGUGGGGAGGCCAACAGUGGAAUUGCUCCUUUGGCAUUUCAGAAAUAUGAAAUACUCCCAAUAUGAUUUGACUACAUGCACGGGUGUCAAACGCAGAUAAGGUAUGUCAUUCAGUGACCUUUCCCCCUCUCUGUAUUGCCAAAAUAUUUAAUGAAUUGGAUGGAAAUUAAUUUUCUUUAGCUGCAGUGUCAAUUAGCUGUCGCACAGUUUUCUGCUACUGGCUCAACUGCAUGCUUCCAUUUGUUGUUCCUUAAUUAAAGUCGCAGUGACAAAGGUGCCCAUUUUAAUUAGCAGGGUGUUAUUGUUACAGUAAUUUUAAUUUAAAAGAAAUAGAGGAAGGUCUUGCGUCUAAUUGAGUUUUUAUUAAGAGGGUGAUAUGAAAUGAAUAUUUCAUUUCAGAUUUGGUAACUGAUGGUAUCUUUCUCCUAUCCUGUGCCAAAGGUACUUACUAGGGAGCCGUGCAAUGUUGCAUAUUAACACAUUUGACAGAGAAGCUAUUCCAGUUUAGCAUAAAAUCAAGCAGCCUGCAUUGUCUAAAGCGGUUAAAGAUAAUAAUAGGCAGGACUUAGGAAAUCCUUGAAGACUAAUAAAUGUCAGCAAAUGAACCUCACUUUAAUGAGGUUUUAUGAAAUGAAAUAGAGGAAAUUAUUCCAUUCCGCCACGUUGAUGAAGCCCCAUCUUGAAAGAGUUUGGCUUGGAGACGGAAAACGUUUGGUGCAAAGACAUUUCUGCAACUGAUAAACAAUGUGCCAGUGGCAAAUUCUCCAACGUACCGCUGCGAGAUUAGGGUGGCUUGCCACUGCACGAAAGCAUGUGGAGUUGGGAUGUAGAGACACCAUUUAUAUAUGCGAUAGUUACUUAGUUCACACAUAGACUGCCCCUCAUCCAAUCAGGAUCACAGGAAAGAUCAUAAGACGUGUCAUGGCAGCUCCCACAUGCUGAGCCAAUUCCACAGUCAGCCAGCGGAUAUAUCACUGGUGUGAUUAUUAGCCCUUAACUUUGGGGGACAGGAUAGCAGAGAAACAGAAAAGGCUCUUAUUUCUGAUAACUCUUUUUCAGUUUUGAGUAUUUUUCGGUAUGUUUCUUUCCCCCUCACCCCAUGCCCAGGGUCCUACAAAACAGCUCUGGAACUGUUUCCCAGGUUAAUAAUAAUAAUAAUAAUAAUAAUAAUAAUAAUAAAUUUUAUUUCUAUCCCGCCCUCCCCAGCCGAAGCCGGGCUCAGGGUGGCUAACAACAAUAAAACAGUACAACAUAAAAUAGUACACCUGCAUUGUUGAUCAGUGCUUGCUGCAAAUGACCAUUUCACUAUGCUGUUCUAGUAAGAUACCAUAAGAUUUUGUGGUUUAUUUAUUUAAAAAGGAGAGGUACCUUCGAAUAGGGAAGAAUGGAUCAGUGGCCACUGCUGCAUUUCUUUUUUCUUUUUAAAAUCUGCAUAAUAAUCAAAUGCCCAUUUCUAAAUGCAAUUAAUCCUAAAAUACACAUCGCAUGCACAUUUCAAGAUAUAAAGUUUUUUUAAAAACUGCAUUGCAAAAUUAGAAAAAAAAAUACAAAGUCUGAAUGGUUACUGUGCCCCCAAUCACUGUAGGUUGAGACGAGUGGGUCAGGUGUGUCCGUAUCAGAAUUCACAAAUAAGGAAUUCCUCAAGCAUCCAUAACUCAGGGCUAUGUUUUGUUCUGCUGCUCAGUGCAAAGUAACAUUUCCCACCAUGCUGUGCAUCCUCCCACCGUGAGAUUUCAGAGCAAGAUUUCAGGGCUUCUUCUGAAUCAGGAAAAAAAUAAUCAAGAAGCAAUUUAUUUAUUUUUUAAUAUAUCCAAAUGGCCAGAGAUUUUGAGCACGGAAAUAGGAAAUAGAUUAAAAACAGAUUCUUAACUCUGUGUGUAGUAGAUUCAUUUUUCGUGUUUCUAGUUAAAAAUUAGCAAAACAAUUUGCGUGUGUGUGUGCGCGCGCAUGCAGAAUUCACCUGAAAUACUCUGCUGCCGGAAAACAAAAAUCCAAAAGUAUUUUCAGCAUCAGUAGUAAAACAUAGUAGUUAUAUAACUGACAACGUGUUGCCGUUUAAUGGUGCGUAAAAUCUGCUUUGUGCAAAUUGGAAAGUAAUCAUCUAUUAAACUUGAUAAAGUUGCAACCUGGUAACCUGGCGUGCUGAUUUCUUACUGGCAUGCUUAUGCCUUAAUUUAUCAACAACGAGAGGCAAAGAUUGUGUUGAUGAAGUUCAUCUUGUUCUCCUCCCCCCCUUUCUUUUUUUCUUUUCCUUCAGGUGGCAUUAAGUGUCCAGUUUGCAACUUCGUGUAUGGUACAAAGUGGGAAUUCAACCGACACCUCAAGAACAAACAUAGACUCAGAUUGGUCGAGUAUGAUGGGGAGACAAAGUGGGAGGUAAAGACAAGCUGUGGCAGCUGGCCCUGAAAUCUCAAGCAUCUCUAGAAGGGUCAAGGUGGGGGAUGUAAUUGGAAUCAAAUGAGAAUACGACAACAUAAGCUGCCUUAUGAGAUGAAAAAAAUGCACUGCCUCUUGUGUAGGCAUGCAGAGAUGUAUGCUAUCUGGCAAAAGAAUCCUUUCCCCCCCCAUUGCCCUUUAAAGGUAAAGGUAAAGGACUCCUGACAGUUAAGUCCAGUCGUGAAGGACUCUGGGGUUGCGGCGCUCAUCUCACUUUACUGGCCAAGGGAGCUGACGUUUGUCCUCAGACAGUUUUUCCAGGUCACGUGGCCAGCAUGACUAAGCCGCUUCUGGCGAAACCAGAGCAGCGCAUGGAAACGCCGUUUACCUUCCCACCAGAGCGGUACCUAUUUAUCUACUUGCACUUGGACGUGCUUUCGAACUGCUAGGUUGGCAGGAGCUGGGACCAAGCAACGGGAGCUCACCCCGUCAUGGGGAUUCGAACCGCCGAUCUUCCGAUCGGCAAGCCCUAGACUCAGUGGAUAGGGCUGGUCCCUAUCAAAAGGAGGGCUUGCUGUUGGUUCUGAAUUCAAAUUCGGUGUCAGAUGCAAAUUCCACUUUCAUCAGGCAUCUUUGCAACCCCAGCCUGAAUUCAAGCCACAGCUGCAAAGGAGUGUGUUUAGAGUAUGGUUCUGAUUCUUGUUUUGAAAUUGAAUGGCCUGGUGUCAAAUGACACCAGGUGAUUGACAGGUGGGCAUCCCCUGUGUGCCCCCCCCCCAGUUUUGGAGUCUCUAAACUAUAUGUUUUUACUGAGUGUACUGAGUGGCUUACUAGGAUGGGAAAAGAAGCAAAAGGGAAGGUCAGAGAAAAUUUCUGAGUCUGCAGAGGGUUGAAAUUAACUGAUUUUAAUAAUUUCCCAAAAGCUCUGUAGAGUGUUAAAUUGCGACUUGGAUUCAAAUUAGGUUUAUUAGAUGGCCUUGAAGAAAGUGUUGUUUUUUAGCUGUGCUGUGCAAUCCUAUGCAUGUUUUCUCAGAAGUAAGUCCUACUGCUUUCCGUAGGACUUAACCCAGGAAAGCGUGCAUUGGAUCUCAGCCUUAGCUUCCCCAUUUGGAAAGUGGAUAAUUUAUUCAUCCCAAGCUACUGCGAAGAUAAAUAAGAUAAAGGUUUCAGAGUACAGUACGUAAGAAGUGUAAAUUAUGAAUUAAUGAUAAUUUGAAAAUUAGUUCCAACUAUUGAUGUGACUGUAAGAAUCGUGCAUGUAAUUUUCAGAAUGAAUGGACUUAAAACGGUGCUUCUUCGAUAGUUAGGUAAAGGUAAAGGGGCCUCUGACCAUUAGGUCCAGUCGCGGACAACUCUGGGGUUGCGGCGCUCAUCUCGCUUUAUUGGCCAAGGGAGCCGGCGUACAGCUUCCGUGUCAUGUGGCCAGCAGGACUAAGCCGCUUCUGGCGAACCAGAGCAGCGCACGGAAACGCCGUUUACCUUCCCACCGGAGCUGUACCUAUUUAUCUACUUGCACUUUGACGUGCUUUCGAACUGCUAGGUUGGCAGGAGCAGGGAGCGAGCAAUGGGAGCUCACCCUGUCGUGGGGAUUCGAACCACCAACCUUCUGAUUGGCAAGCCCUAGACUCUGUGGUUUAGACCACAGCGCCACCCGCAUCCCUUGCUGAUAGUUACAUACUGCAGUAGCUGUUUGGCAUCUUUGUGAUGUGUGCCAGCUAAUUCCCUUUGAUCACUUUUUGCAGCCCAAAGCAGAAAUUCCUGAAGAAACACAGUAUCUCCAUAUCACGGAAGCCGAAGAUAUGCAAGGAACUCAGGCCGCAGUUGCUGCUCUACAGGACCUGCGAUAUACCUCGGAGAAUGGUAAACCAUUCUCUUUAAGGAGAAACAAAUGUUUCGCAAAAGCAGUGUAUAAAUGCUGAGCGUUCAAAACAAGUCCCUGUACAUUAGCGCAGUAAUCCUUGCAUGGUAAUAAUUAUUAUUAUUUAUACCCCGUCCAUCUGGCUGGGUUUCCUCAGCCACUGUGGGCGGCUUCCAGAAAAAUAUUAAAAUACAGUAAUUCAUGAAAUAUUAAAAGCUUCCCUAAAGGUAGUACGAGUUGCAAAUGUAGGUCUCAGAGUAACAACAAGAGUAGCUAACCUAGAGCCACCCAGAGAGAUUCAUGGUCAAGAUGGCAUUUGAAGUGGUACUUGCUGCUCCAGAAUUACACCAACAUUACGUUGUCAAAAAAAGUGGCUUCACUAGGGAGCGUAUUGUUUUGUUUUAUCAAAGUUGCCAAGUCCGGAGCGACUCUGGGAAAGAAACGCAUAUUGGCUGCAACCUGAUGCCACCAGCACAGCUUCUUCCCAAAUCCUGCAAAGACUUGAAGCAGUUGGGGACAGCACAGAGGCGGGUUGCUUCUGUUCUAACAUUGAAAAGAAACUAGCAGAGCAGUCUGAACCCCACUAAUGCCUGGUGAAGAGGGUAAGGUGGGGUUGGGGGGGCAGACAAAAGCUCGCUUCAGGCGAUGUCAGCCUAUAGCUGCCAGGUUUGGGCCCGAUGCCGUCAGGUGACAGCAGUGCAGCCCGUUCAGUUGGAUCUGACAACUUACUGAGGUCACCAAAGGUAAAUGGAACACCUUGGUACCUUGGAGACUGACCAGUUUAUCAGGGCGUACGGUCUUAUUCCUCCAAAGCAAACUCAGUGCCACCAGCGGGGCUUGCUUCUAAGCAUGGUGAGGGGAAAAGACAGGAUUCUGUAAGGAACUAGGGAAGAAUGUGAAGAGGGAUUUGAACGAGGGGUGAACAGGGGAAGUUCUCACUGCAGUGGCAUGGCGGAAUGUGCAGGAAACAUAAGCAAAAGGAGAUGAGUUUGAACAGAAGCAAAGAUUGGCAAGUUUGUGUUGCUGUUAACGGUUCUCAUAUUGACAUUCUCUCCGAUUAGGGGGACGACUUGACCCCACGGCUGUGAACAUCCUGCAACAGAUCAUAGAGCUGGGCUCGGAGCCCCACGACGCAGCUGCUGUCGCCUCUGUCGUUGCCAUGGCCCCAGGAACUGUUACUGUCGUGAAACAGGUCAAAUCAUUUUCCUUUCCUGUGUGUGUGUGUGUGUGUGUGUGUGCAUUAGACAGAAGGAGUGGUACUUCUGGCUGUUGUUGUAUGCAAAUAAACAGUUAAUAUUUCUAAGCUAUUUGAGACCACAUUUGUUUAGCUAGACAGCUCAAUACUGGGCCGUCCUUGCAGCACCACCUUGAACCACAUUUGUUUCUGGAUUUGGCAUUACGGAAUGUGUGAAUUCUCUGCCUAAAACCGAAUGUAAUCAACUUCAUUAUUCCUGUAUAUAAAGUUUUGGGGGAAGUAAAGGGCUGGUUUUGAUAGAUGACAUCAAAAUACUUAUUGCAAGCCUAUUAUGUUAAUGCAUUGAGCAACUGGCAGCUCGUGUGAGCAUGCAAUCUUUUCCCGGGACGGUUCCAGGUCAGGAUGGAGGCAUUCGCUGCAUUCAAAGUCCUUGCAUGUUGCAGGUGGGGGAAAGCUUGGAGCAUCAUUCUUCCACACACAUUUUGGCAUUCUACGAACAGGAGUGAUUUUGACACAGGGGCCGCACUCUCAAACCUUCAAUCCCCCACAAGAAAACUGAGGUGAUUGCAGUCUCAUGAAGCCAUGUGCCAUUUGCCUCCUGGCUUGCUUGGUUCAGAGUAGCUACGUUUCUUCCAGAGAUAGGUUUCCACAUUGUGGCGAAAGUGGCUGUUUAAAUUGGCCUCUAGGCAAGAGAGUUGAGAAAAUUGACCUGCAUUCUGUUCCACUUCUGAGCUUCAUCAUGUAAUGAGGUAGCAAUCUGCAAGCUAUUGGAAGCAGUGAGGUUGCAGAGGUUCUGCUGGGAACUUAUUUGAUCUGUAGGAUUUUGUUAGAGUCAGGAAGAAAAAAAAAUGGCUUUCUAAUGGAGGUAUGAAUCUUCCUUCUCACCCUCUUUUUAUAAUGAGGGCUUUCAUUAUUCAUAAAGAACCUUAAGAUCGUGGUUUGCUCAUAAAAACACAUUUCAAUAAAAUUGUAUGUUUUCAGAUACUUGCAUAAGGCAUUGAGUCCUUGUUAUGUACUGUUAGCUUUUAUUCUAUGUAGGCACCCUGCGAGAUAAAUUCUUGUGCUAAUUUCUGAAUGACUUCCUUUGUAGCUUUUGUUUUGAAUCUUUGUGUUGGUGACAUUAUGCUAAUCAUUUUUGUGUUAAAAAGGGGGGGGGAAUAGAAGCAUAUGAUAAAGCAAAUAUAUUUAUAUAUGCAGAAGAUCAAGAGUGGGAGGGAUUCAUAUUCCAGGGAGUCCUUAUCAAAUGUUGAGAAGCUAGACUAGUAUAAAGCUCAAGGAUUGCUGAAAGGCCUGAGCCAUAAUCCUGUGGCACCUCAGAGCUACGGAGUAGUGUGAUCUCUCUCCCCCCCCCCCCAGCCCCUUUGGUUUCAGUCCAACUGCUGAGCAACAAGCAUUGCUUCUGUGACAGAUGAAAAUGUUGUUGUUGUUUAGUCGUUUAGUCGUGUCCGACUCUUCGUGACCCCCUGGACCAGAGCACACCAGGCACUUCUGUCUUCCACUGCCUCCUGCAGUUUGGUCAAACUCAUGCUGGUAGCUUUGAAGACACUGUCCAACCAUCUCAUCCUCUGUCGUCCCCUUCUCCUUGUGCCCUCAAUCUUUCCCAGAAUCAGGGUCUUUUCCAGGGAGUCCUCUUCUCAUGAGGUGGCCAAAGUAUUGGAGCCUCAGCUUCACGAUCUGUCCUUCCAGAUCGUGCACUCAGGGCUGAUUUCCUUGAGAAUGCAUAAGUUUGAUCUUGCAGUCCAUGGGACUCUCCAGAGUCUCUCCCAGCACCAUAAUUCAAAAGCAUCAAUUCUUUGGCGAUCAGCCUUCUUUAUGGUCCAGCUUUCACUCCCAUACAUCACUACUGGGAAAACCAUAGCUUUUACUAUACGGACCUUUGUUGGCAAGGUGAUGUCUCUACUUUUUAAGAUGCUGUCUAGGUUUGUCAUUGCUUUUCUCCCAAGAAGCAGGUGUCUCUUAAUUUCGUGGCUGCUGUCACCAUCUGCAGUGAUCAUGGAGCCCAAGAAAGAUGAAAACAGAUGAAAAUAGCUACACCCUAAAUACUCAUGGCAUAAUCUUCCUCUUAUUCUCCCUCACCUUUGGCAGUGCUCAUUGUAUAUUGCUUGUGUUGGCUGGGGCACCAGUUCUAGCAGCCACUGCAAGCAGCACGAGGCUCCCCUGUUCAAGGAGUUUUGGUGACUGGCCUACCUCACACUGUCAGCCUAGCAGUUCGAAAGCACACCAGUGCAAGUAGAUAAAUAGGUACUACUGCAGCGGGAAGGUAAACAGCAUUUCUGUGCACUCUGGCAUUCAUUACGGUGUCCCGUUGCACCAGAAGCAGUUUAGUCAUGAUGGCCACAUGACCCAGAAAAGCUGUCCGCGUACAAAGGCCGGCUCCCUCAGCCUGAAGUGAGAUGAGUGCCAUACCCCAUAGUCGAACUUAACCGUCCAGGAGUCCUUUACCUUUUACACUUUAAUAACUGAGUAGCAAUGGUACAGGGUUUCAAGUGGGCCAGAGCCAUUUGCAAAAUUUGCAUGGCUGCUUCUGCUCCUUCCCACUCCUCACCUCUUCCUUGCAGUCUCCUUUGUAUUCCACCACGUCCCCCAGAGUGUUUCUGCUCAGUAGAAGUGAUGACUCGGGGAAUCGGUUUGGCAGCCCGAGACAACCAAACUAGCUGAGGACUUGGACAAUUCAUUGGCUAACCCUACAGAAUCUCAAUUAAGUUGAGUGAAAUAAAUGCCCCAACUAUUCUUUGUUGCUUGAUCCUCAGCUUUCUGAAAUACGUUGUUGAAACAUGAGCAGGUACAUCUAGUGGUAAGGGGCUAUGUGUAAGAAACCAAAGAAAUGGUGUCCAGGUUCAGCCAUCACACAUUUUUAAAUCACUUUCAUAAAUGUAACACAGAAGACAGGAGGCUGCUUCGUUCAGGUGUCAUAUUGUAAAAUCAUCAUUAACCAUGCUAGAUCUUGACAUAUAUACCUGUAUACCUGAAGGAGCGUCUCCAACCCCAUCAUUCUGCCUGGACGCUGAGGUCCAGCACUGAAGGCCUUCUGGUGGUUCCCUCACUGCGAGAAGCAAAGCUACAUGGAACCAGGCAGAGGGCCUUUUCGGUAGUGGCACCCGCCCUGUGGAACGCCCUCCCAUCAGAUGUCAAAGAGAUAAACAACUACCUGACAUUUAGAAAACAUCUGAAGGCAGCCCUGUUCAGGGAAGUUUUUAAUGUGUGACAUUUUGAUGUAUUUUCAGUCAUUGUUGGAAGCCGCCCAGAGUGGCUGGGGAAACCCAGCCAGAUGGGCGGGGUACAAACAAUAAAUUAUUAUUAUUAUUAUUAUUAUUAUUAUUAUUAUUAUUUAUUGACAUAUGUAAAAAUUAGAGACAUCCUAGAGCUAUAGAACGUACAAACAGGGGCACCUAAAAUGAACCAGGAGAUGGACCAUCUUCCUUGUUGAUAAAGGCUUAGCUGGAUUUUUUUAUAUCGGGGGAAAAGAUUGAAAGUUGUUGGCAUUCAUCUGUCUUGAGAGACAAUGGAGUGUGUCCCCAGGGGUAAAGUCAAUCUGCUGCAUUGGCAACACCGAAGUGACCUCCCCGGGGUGCAAGCCUAGGCAGUGUGUAUGGAGGUCCCCCUCUCGACCUGGCUGAUGUGGCCCAAAGGAAAGCAGAGCAAUAUGUUUGGCACCAGCUUGGCUGCAGGAGUUGCCCGAAGAAGGCAUACCAGGUGCCAUCCAACCACCUUAGGGACUCCACACUGGAUUUGUAUAGGAUUAGCCUUUUCUUCUCCUAAAGAUAUCCCGCAAAGCCUAGAUGAGCUACCUUCCCAGGUGGACGAGCCUCACGUGCCCCUCACUUCCCUAUACAGUGGUACCUCGGGUUAAGAACUUAAUUUGUUCUGGAGGUCUGUUCUUAACCUGAAACUGUUCUUAACCUGAAGCACCACUUUAGCUAAUGGGGCCUCCCGCUGCCACCGCACCACCGGAGCAUGAUUUCUGUUCUCAUCCUGAAGCAAAGUUCUUAACCCGAGGUAUUAUUUCUGGGUUAGUGGAGUCUGUAACCUAAAGCAUCUGUAACCUGUAGCCUCUGUAACCCAAGGUACCAGUGUACAGCACAUGCAGAAACUGCCAUCUUGAGGUUCUCUUUGGGCUCUGGGGUGGGACUUCUUGCGAGCCAGGAGGGAUCUUCAGGGUGCUUCCCAUUUCUGGUUACCACUUCCAGGUACCCAGCAGCACGCGUGUGCGUGGUCACACACAAAUAGAUUGCGCAUCAAGCUCUUGCCAGUAAGCAAGGAGGAUGCUUCAGGUAGCAGUUGAAAAGAAUGUAGGUGCUGCCAGGGGGGAAAAAUGGAAGGGCAUCUCCAGUUGGCUUGGAAGCUACUGUUGUCUCAUUGACUCCCUUAUUAGAGGGAUAAAGAAAAAAAGCAACAUUUUGGGAAAGAUGCCCCCAGUGGAUCAGUCCAAUAGGACCUAAGCAGAGGGGCAUGUAAGUGCUGAGUUGCCGUGAAGUGUGCCAACCUGAGAAACACAGCAAUUUGUCAUGCUAAGAGGAAUAUAGAUAGAUGUCUACCAGAGAGAGAGAGAGAGAGAGAGAGAGAGAGAGAGAGAGAGAACAAGGAGCGCCACAAGUGAAAGCAGUUAAUCACUUUUCCUGGAAUGACAAAACCAAUGAAAAACAUCUGGAUAAAGUCAGGUAGGGAGGCUGUUAACUUUCUUUAUUGGCCAUUUUCAUUUCAGGAGAAUAUAAAAUUGAAUAAGCAUUCCGUUUGUCGCCCUUGCGCCAAAUGAGAUUCUAGUUUCAUUUCACUUUCGCGUCAGCGGCAUUUUUAUUUAUCUUCCUCUCCUUGUUAUUUAUUUGUGCAUCUCGGAUGCAUUUAAAAUUAUGUGCAGCUUUCAACAUAAACAAAGCCAAUUUCGAAUCCCAUUCAGGCUACAAUAUGCUUGCAGGUCUCGGUGAAUGCUGGGCAGCGAGGCUUGUUGCCUUAGGAAUAACGUGUGUGGUGUUUGCAAACCUGUUUUGUGAUACCACCUGGAAAACUAAACAGCCCCCUCCCCCUGCCAUCUAAAAAGGCGUUGAAAUUCCAUCACCAGUGACAAAUCUCUUUGGAUCCAAACAUAGCAGUGAAAGAGGGGUUUGCAUACCUAUUUCAAUGGCCAUAUCUGUUUUCAUUUGGCUACCUGUCUAGAUCCAGCAGUAUAAAUUGUUAUAUAUGUGUAAUCUGUGCAGUUCUUAAUGCUUGCCUUGGAUAGCCCAAUACCUUGGUAGGCAGCUGACAGACUCCAUGAAGCCCGCUGAGAUCCUCUGAUUGACCCAUUGAUCCUCUGGUUUUCUCCCCCUGCACACACACACACACACACACACACACACACACACUUCUCUCCCAACUUUCCUUACAAGUGCUACGCCAGGGAAACGUUCUCCCAGUUGCACCUUCUAGGGUUGCCAUAUUUUGAAGAGUAAAAAAGAGGACACAUUUGGCAACUUUUGACUAUGGAUCUCUAUAACAAGACUCAUCAUGAAAAAGAGGACGUGUCCUGGAAAAAGAGGACAUAUGGCAACCCUGCGGGUACAUUCUGGUUAUCUUUACUAUCCUCACAUGCUUGCUAAUGUCCGCACCUCGUAUUAAAAGGCAGCUUAAAACAAAGGGUGGUUGGGGGCCAGCGAGUUAAAGCAUGCUGCUCAGAAGUUCCUGAAGUUCCCUGCUGCCGCCACGCCACAAAAUAAGCCAGAGCGUGGCUUGCUGUUCCAUUUGAACCCAAGCUCAUCCUUCUCAGUCAGUAGAGCGUGAGACCCAUAUUCUCAGGGCAGUGGGUUCAAGCCCCACGUUGGGCAAAAGAUUCCUGCAGUGCAGGGAGUUAGACUAGAUCAGGGGUAGGCAACCUAAGGCCCAGGAGCCGGAUGCGGCCCAAUCGCCUUCUCAAUCCGGCCCGCAGACAGUCCGGGAAUCAGCGUGUUUUUACAUGAGUAGAAUGUGUCCUUUUAUUUAAAAUGCAUCUCUGGGUGAUUUGUGGGGCCUGCCUGGUGUUUUUACAUGAGUAGAAUGUGUGCUUUUAUUUAAAAUGCAUCUCUGGGUUAUUUGUGGGGCAUAGGAAUUCGUUCAUCCCCCCCCCAAAAAAAAAAAUAGUCCGGCCCACCACAUGGUCUGAGGGACGGUGGACCGGCCCCCUGCUGAAAAAGGUUGCUGACCCCUGGACUAGAUGACGCUCGUGAUUCCUUCCAGCCCUGCAAUUCUGUGGUUCUGUUAUUCCCCUUCCCACAGGCAGUAAGUGAAAAACAAGAACUCGGUUCCCCCUUUGUUUGGAGGCACAAGUCUGGGUUCAGGCAGCACAACAAGCUAGUUUUAUCCGUGAUGCAUCAGGAGAGCAGCACCAACAGAAUUCAAUAAUAAUAAUAAUAAUAAUAAUACUUCCCGGACACUGAGGUCCAGCGCCGAGGGCCUUCUGUUGCUUCCCUCGCUACGAGAAGCCGUUACAGGGAACCAGGCAGAGGGCCUUCUCAAUAGUGGCGCCUGCAAUGUACCGUAUUUUUCGCUCCAUAGGGCGCACCUGACCAUAGGGCGCACCUAGUUUUUAGAGGAGGAAAACAUGGAAAAAAAUAUUCUGAAUCAAAUGUUGUACUAAACUAUUUAAAGCAGCAAAGCGGGUGGCUCCUGUCCGCUUUGCUGCUUUAAAGCGAGCCUCAGAGGAGGGAAGGAAGGGGAACCAUGGCUUAUCUAAGUCCAGUUAAUAAUGCUGAGCCUGAUUUUAUAUGCAUCUCAAAGCCCUUGACAUAUAUACAUUAUAAUGACAAGCCGAGAUAGGCCUCCUGCAUAGGAGGAGGGGAGGAGAAGAGAAGAGAGGGAGCCAUUAUAGCUCAAUGGGGAGAGCAUGGAGAAGAUCCCAAGUUCAGUCCUUGAAAGCUUCUCCAGGUAGGGCUGAGGGUGUGUCUCCUGAAACCCAGGUGAGCCUCUGCCCAUCAGUGAAGACAAAACUGAGCUCAGUGGGCUCAGGGGUCCUGACGUGGUACAGGGAAGGUCCCUCUGUUCCUGUUUAAAUUAGCCCUUUCUUCAGAACCAUGGGGACUACAAUCUUAGUUUGUUUUUAAAGGGAACAGCUGUAACCUCAGUGGCUUUGCAUGCAGAACACCACACGUUCAAUCCCGGCUUCUCCAGGCCUGAAACUCUGGCAAACUGCUACCAGUCAGUGUUGACAUUACUAAGCUAGAUGGAGUAGUGGAUCCAACUCCUUAUAAGGCAGCUUCCUAGGUUCCCAUUUAUGCUUCAGAUCUGGGCGUGAGGCCUGCUGUCACUUUUAGUGUCAAGAGGGUGGUUCUUUGCACAUCUGGAAGAUGACUGUCACCUCCCAUCACCCUAUUGAAGGUGCUUUUACAGCUCAGGGGAAAGGGCAGGCAGACACAGCAUCUGUAAACUGUAGCAUCCUGAAUUAAGGGAGGGAGGAGAAAGAGCUGAUCUUCAGCUUGAAACCAGGACUUGCUCUUUAACCAUGCUGCUCCUCCAGCUGCCAAUGCCAUCCAUGUAACCUAUGUGAAUAUCAAGUGUGGGUUGUGUCCAGGAACCUGGGAGGAUUUCUUUCACAUGAGUGCAUGUUUUUGUCUUUAAAUAAACAGCCCGUGCAAGUUUCCAGCUCUUAUGGCCAUGCCUGGCUGUCUCAGUGGAAAUCUGAGGAGGCUGAGGUGGACUUUCCAGUGGUCAAAGUCUUCCUGCCCGGCAUCUAUUUCCUGCCCUCUUUCCCCACUGAACUCCCACACCCUGCUUCAAAGCAAGCUACGGAGGGGAUUCCCUCUGCUUUGAAGCAGGAAAGUGGAGUGUAAGCUGCUCCCCUCCCACUUUCCUGCUUCAAAGGGAGCCACGGAGGAGGGAGGGACCAACGGAAUCCCCUUCCCUCCCUCUUCCCCAGCUCAGCUCAGCAGCCGCGGCUCUUGCUGGCUUUACAAUGAGCCGGAAGGAGGGACAGACGGCAGUCCCUCCUCCCGCCUCCCUGUAAACCCAGCCACUCUACGCAGCUCUUGCUUUAAAGGGAGAGCUGCGCAGAGCUUGUCAGCAGCAGCGGCUCUUGCUGGCUUCGCUCCAUAAGACGCACAGACAUUUCCCCUUACUUUUUAAGGGGGGGAAAGUGUGUCCAAUGGAGCGAAAAAUACGGUACUCUAUGUGGGGCUAGCUUUGAAGGUGACCUGGAAACUACAACUAAUCCAGAAUGCGGCAGCUAGACUGGUGACUGGGGGCGGCUGCCGAGACCACAUAACACCGGUCCUGAAAGACCUACAUUGGCUCCCAGUACGUUUUCAAGCACAAUUCAAAGUGUUGGUGUUGACCUUUAAAGCCCUAAACGGCCUCGGCCCAGUAUACCUGAAGGAGCGUCUCCACCCCUAUCGUUUUGCCCGGAAGCUGAGGUCCAGCGCUGAGGGCCUUUUGGCGGUUCCCUCACUGUGAGAAGCAAAGCUACAGGGAACCAGGCAGAGGGCCUUCUCGGUGGUGGCACCCGCCCUGUGGAACACCCUCCCACCAGAUGUCAAAGAGAAAAACAACUACCAGACUUUCAGAAGACAUCUGAAGGCAGCCCUGUUUAGGGAAGCUUUUAAUGUUUAAUAGACUAUUGUAUUUUAAUAUUCUGUUGGAAGCCGCCCAGAGUGGCUGGGGAAACCCAGCCAGAUGGGUGGGGUAUAAAUAAAUAAAAUAAUGUUGAUGAUGAUGAUGAUGAUGUAAUUGAGUGAGACUGCUAAGCUUGGCCCUAUCACAAAUCUAACACGUUAAUGAUUGGUUUCUUCUGCCUCUUCUCCCAAUGAUCUUUGUUUACUUGGGCUACCGCGUGCCUUUCUUUCCCCCCAUGGUCCAGCUAGUUCCCAGCUCUGUGCUGUUUCACAGUCUUAUUAGAAACAGAGGAUCCAAAGGAAGAGUAAAGGAUGGUUGUUUUCAGUAGAGUGUCUUCGCCUGCAUGGCUUACCGGUUGCCGCCUGUCACUGCGAGCUGUUGCGUUGGGCUUUUUCACUAGAGCUCCAGCUCCUGUGUUGUCGUCUUUCCUCCUUCGGAUGAAAUUAAACAGAAACGAAACCCGAAUAAAAGAUAUUCAUUCUCCAAACAAAAGAAGAAGCCAGCCUAAAUCAAUUAAACGGCGCAGCCAGCUUGGCAUAUACUGAUCAAUGUACACAUAAAAUGUCCUUCUGUUGAGCACAGCUGCGUCAUAUAACAAACCUUUUGGCACAACGCAAUUGCAUUUUUUCUUUCCUCUAGGAAAAAAAUAAUAAUGAUGAUGGCUCCCUUUCUUUUUGUUUUACCUCUCCCCCAUGCUCAUGCUUCAUUGCUGGUACCAUUAUUAUUUCAGAGAGCAUACUUGCUGGAAAUGAAGGGAGCCUUGGGCCAUCUGAUAUUUCCAUUACUGGCCUGAUGGGCAUUAAGUGGAUAUAGUUUGCAGGUACUCUGCAUGUUGUAUUUGGGGGAGAAUUGAUUCCUUCCCCCAACUUUCCAUUUUUAAAGACUGUGCAUUGGCAAUUGCAGAUCUGUGAAUGAAAAUCCACAGUAAAAUGGGCUCAGAUGUUCCGAGUUACUCGUUUUUAAUCCAAAAUUGUCCGUUGAGAGAAAAUUGUCCCUUUUUUUUUUUUUACACCCAGAGAGUAUGUUUCUUGUUUGAACCUGUGUGCUGUAGAUGAAAUGCAGUUCGUUUUUGCUCCCCUUGGGAAAGUAGCCAUUGGUCUGGGAGACCACAUGGGGGCUAAAACUCCAGCUUGCCCCAUGGGAGGAGGUGAACAGAGAAAGAGUUCCAACAAAAAAAAUGAUGGUGACCAUCCUCUGCAUAAAUUACAUGCUCUGCUGUCCCCCUACAGUGGCUCAAAGCAAAGAUAACCAUUGCAAGGCUGACAGUCUUAGUGCACACCACUCUGAAUAAAUAUUUGCUGGGACAGAAGGUGUCAGGUGUUGGGGUGUGAUUAUUAAAACACACUCACUUCAGCAUGAAUGUCUUCCUGGAAUUGUACUUAUUUUUCCAGAUGAUGCAAAUAACACAGUGGAUAAUGCGUUGGUGACCUUGUUUCAGAUCCUUGCUCAGCCAUGAACCUCAUUAGGCGACUUUGGAUCAGACAUGUUCUCUCCUUCAGUCUUUCUCGUGGUCCUUCUGAGGAUAAUAUGGUCCUUGGGUGGGUGGGAUUAAAAAUUGAUGAUAAUGGUGACCAGUCUUUCUGGCAAGUGAGCCAUGGUGCUGGGCUAAUCUACACUGUUGUUCAGAUGCAUCUCCUUAGUAUGGAAUUGCUUCUAGUCCAUUGAGUGGAUAUCAAUGCGCUGAUGUCCCUGUAUUCCCCUUGUGGCACAGAUUGGCUACCAACUGCUUAAACUCAUGGGCUGCAAUUCAGCAAAGGGAAAGUGCAUAAGGAAACCAAACUCCUCUGUCACCGCCUCGGCUCUGCUGUUCCCUUGCCAGCGAUGAAACGCCUGUACAUGCUUUGAAACCCUUAAAUUUUGGUUAUGAAUGCACAUCCGUUCGGUCUUUCAGUAGUUCAGUAUUCCUGGGACUUUCUGCAUGCAAAGCAGGGCUCUUCCACUGACCCACAUCCCUUCCCUAGUGGGUCAUCAGCUGUACGAGCUCAUCUGUUAUUUAACUGAAGCAAAUACUGCAAUCUCCUUUAGUACCAAUAAUUUAUGAAAUACGGGGCUCGGUCAUUUAUUCGCACCUAGGUUUCCUUGCUCUUGUUUUAGCAACGUUGCAGCCCCGCCAUCCAAAGAAACCCUUUGUAACGUCUCCCGUUUUCUCGCAGGUGACAGAAGAGGAGCAGUCAGCCAACCACACGGUGAUGAUUCAGGAAACAUUGCAGCAAGCUUCCGUCGAGCUGGGCGAACAGCACCAUUUGGUCGUCUCCUCCGAUGAGGUGGAAGGGAUCGGGACAGUGACAGUCUACACCCAGGGGGGAGAGGCCUCUGAACUUAUUGUGUAUGUGCAAGACAUGCAGUCUGUGGAGGAGCAGGUGGAGGAGCAGGAGCAGCCUGGACAGAAAAUCUAGAUAAAAUUCCCAAGGGAGACCAGCCUUCUGGUACCGCCAAACUGCUACAUGCUUUGUUUUCCAAUCUAUAUUUAAUGUUGGGCAAGAACAGAACCUCCCGCAGCUGCUACUCUAUCAUAUGUUUAGUCUUUGGCAGAUGGCGCACGUGGUUGUUGACUGGACUGGUGGCUUCUUCUUUUUGCCAGGAAACGUUUUGGUACGUACUGAGCCAUGCGCAGCUUCCUUUCACGUGGCACUGCUCCCCUGCUCGUAAGGAACGCCUGAAGUCGCAGCAAGCAGAUCCAUGCAGAUGGGUGGUCAGGACCACUACCUUCUGGGAUAAAAGAUAUUUUUCCUAGAGCAAGAGGUGAACCAAAAAAAAAAGCAAGAGGAGUCAGUGGCAGUGGACAGCACUUGAUAAACGCUAAAAUGCGUCCGUGUUAUGCACUUUAAGAAGACUGUAGACGGAAAAGACAAUUUUAGCAACCGCCCGGAAAGUUCAGAUUUUAAGACUUGCCAAGCAACAGGCCCUGCAGCGAAGCUAUUCAGAAGAACAGGCUCCAUUGGGUUGGGUUCACUCAACAUGCAGAAAAUGUGGUGGUGUGAAUCAGAGCCAGCUGUUCUUCAGUGCUGCUUUCUAAACGGUUUUUCUAAAUAGUGUUCAGCAUUUUAAUCUCCCCUGUAAUAAAUAUAGGGGUUGCUCGUGCGUAAGUUGCCGCCACUCCUGGCUAGGUUGCCUUGUUAAACCUUUUCUGUCUGGACAGCCCUUCACUUCGUGGCUGUUUCAGUCGCUAGCAGAAUCCGUCAGUGGGCGUUUCUUAAACCUUUUCCAGCAUAAAAGCUGUUUGACGCCAAGUCUCCUCCUACUCUCCCUGCGCGGAAGUCUUCUGCGCGGGGAGGGUGUGGGUAGCGGAGGACCCGUGCUCUUCCCGCUGGUCUCCGGCGAGGAGUCCUGGAGCCCCCUCGCCGAUUCCCCCAUCUGCCCUCCUUUAUCCCUGGUGUUACGCUGAUUUCCUUCCCCAGCUGAUGAGCUGCCUCUCUCCCUGCUGGGCCCUUCUCCAGCAUCGCUUGAGAGCCUUGCCUCUGCCUCUGGCUCCGAUGUCAGUUCCCUGACAUCCCCAAAGACAGCUUUCCUUCCUUUUGUCACUGUGAAUUGUUGAAGACCCGAGAUCAUUACCCUAAGAAAUGUGUUCUCUUUUAUCUUGUAUCUUUUAAUCUUUUAAACCGGGACUCUGUGCCAGUGAGCAUGCCACGUUUUUAUUUGGAUGGGAUCUAAUCUGACACGUGAGUGAAAAGAUCCCACCUCUAAGAGUCUUUCAGAUGCACAGUCCCUGCCGAAAUGCAAGUGUUUUAUGGUUGUGACAUAUUUUGGACACGUAUAUUGGAGAUAUAUAGUGGAUUUCUUCCUUUUUUUCCUAUCUCUGAAGCAUUAUUUCCUUGUCUCCCCCUUUCCUUUUUUGCAAGCAAUAGCAAUAACUUCAGAAAUAUAUAUUUUAAAAAAUCAUAGCUUGGGCAGAGUUUUUUAGAUUAACACACCCGCUACAGGGUUAUGUCUCAUAUAAUAUACAAUGGAUGCCAUGUUGAAGCACUGAGAAGUAAUACCAAGCCAAAAAAUCUGUGGAAGCCACAGUGAUAGAAUGAUAUUUCGGGAUCCUAUUUCUCCCAGCCUGGCAAACGUUGAGCAUUUUCUCCAAAACAAAAAGCACUAACUCUGCAUCCUUGAACUGCACUGAAUCACUCUUCUGUAUUGAUUAGACACAGGUGAUCUAUGGAAGUCUUCUUCUUUUUCUAUCUACUUAAAUAAUAAAAUAGAUAUCCGCUAUGAGGAAUCACCCAAAGUAGAGAUGCAAGCAUCUCUUGCUGUAAGUAAGGGCUCAGACACUCUGCUCUUGGUGGAGAAAAGGACAUGCAAUUUGGAGAAAGACUCUAUUUCAGGGGAAACCAAUGUGGUGCCCUCUGAAUGUUUUCGGACUACAAUUCCCAUCAUCCCUCACCAUAGCCUCCUCUGGCCAGAGCUAAUGGAGUCUUAACAACUUCUAGACGACACCAUGUUGGCUACGCCAGCUUAUCCAUGUGGGUUUUUUUCAGUAGGCCUUGGGGAGUGGAUCUAAUUUGGCCCUAUGUGUUCUGAUCUCAUGUCCCGUGUUCGGGUUGUGAUUUGGACUACAUGGCAGUGCUUUCAGCAGAGAACUUAUCCACUGGGCUCCACGAACAAUGUCACAUCUCAUUGGGUACCUCACAUCUGACAUGUGAGAGUGAUAAUUCCUUGGGCUGUGUCAGGAAGUGGGCAGAGGAGGAAUGGUGGAGACCACCUCCCCAGCCUGACCCUUCCAGGGAAGAAGAAGACAGUUCAGAAUUACAACAGGGGUUUGAGGGAGGUCACAACUCAGAGGAAGAUGAGGGGGAAAGCUGGGAAAUAAUGGGAGAGGAGGAAGAAGCAGCACCAGGACGGCAACAGCUGACGGACGCAGUGUCUUUAGAAAGCAUUCCAGACCCACCAUCUCCCAGAACCUGGUGAGCAUUGAAAGUAAGAGAGCAAAGAGCUCAAAGGCAGAGGGCACGUUGCAGCACCCGCAGUGAUGACGCUUGAGGAAGUGAGAGAAACUGAGUGGGUGGAGACUCACUCGGGACAACACCAUUAUUCCAAGAGGUUGCAUUCCAAAGCUUCUCUCUGUGAAUAUUGAAUAAAAAGCAGAUGGUAAGGACUUUUCCUUGUCUUAUCCAUUCCUGGCAACCUGCCGUGGGGGUGGGGUCCUCUACCGCCUGACAGGUUGUGGGGUAGAGUGCAGGAACGGGCUGACUGUAUAGCAGCUAUACAGCUCCUGCCUUUUUUCACCAGUGCAUCCUUUGUAUUGUCAUUCACACAAACUGUAUUUUGGGGUGUCAUCCAGUAUGCGAGACCGAACUCUUUCUCAUCUUUCUUUUUUUGUAAUCUCAAACCCCCGUUCCUCAAAUAAAUAUCAGACAAGGUGAAAAUGUAAAACUCCCGUCACUUUUGAAGGACCACAUUUAUGUAUAUUCGGUGCGGUGUCCUAAACUGCAUGUGGGGAAGAUACUGGCUUCAGUCGAACCUACACAUUUCUGCUGUAAGUCCAUCUGCUACAGCUGCCUAUGGCUCCAAACUUGGUUUUAUGUCGCAUCCCGCAAAGUAGCGAUGGUUUAAAUGGCAUGGCAAUGGAUGCACACAAAACGGACAACAAGAAGUAAAUAAGGAUGAAAUAGAUAUGGAAGAAGAGAUGAUGUAGCAACAGGACGAAGAGAUGGACAUAUGCUUGUAACAGGAGUGGGAAACCUGAUUUUAUUUUUUUUAAAAGAAAUUGUAUUAAAUUACAUUUGGAUGGAUUUGCAAUAAUUUGGAAAAACCAAUAAAUAAUAAUAAAUAAUAAAAAAGACAAUGGAUGCACACCAAACAGAGAAAUGACCUUUUAAAAUUAGCUAUCCUGUCUCCAGUAGGAUGCUUGAUACGAAGAUGUAAAAUGUCUCCUCCUGUUCCUGCACUUUUGUUUUGAAAUUCUGUAUGUACACACAAAUUAUUCAGGGUGUAAAUGGCUAUGUGAUUCGUGAAUCAGAUACACAAACACUUCUAGGUUAAAAUGGGAAAUUGCCUUCUGAACGCACUGAAAUUCUACCCUUCUCUAAAAGCCUGAUAUGUGAUCUCUAAGGAAUUGUUCUUGUUAAUAUGUACAAAAACAGUCAUGUUUGCGAGUGUAAUGCUCAGAUGGCUUGAAUGACUGUAAAUAAGGGAAUCUGAACUAAGAGAUUUGUCAUUCUUAAUGCUUGUGACCAAAUUCAUCCCAGAGUUAAGCAUGGUUUCAAGUGACUGAAGCAUGUCUAACAGAUUGUGGUUCAUUACUUCAUCAUGUGCAUCUCAUUUAUUUUGGGGAGGGAUAAUCUUUUUUUAUCUGCACUUCAAAAAAAAUUUAAUAAUCAUGUGCAUCUCAUUUAUUUUGGGGAGGGAUAAUCUUUUUUUAUCUGCACUUCAAAAAAAAUUUAAUAACGCAAGUCUGUUGCGUUCUGUUCAGUUAAAAUUAGACAAAUUCAGCAAGUAUUCUCCCUGCCCUUAAAAACAAAAAAAUUACCCAAACCAAUAAAUCAUAUUUUUUUUCAAGUCUUGAGUUGGCUGAAGGGUGUUUCUUUGCAAUUAGGCAGACCUGUGAAAACCUUAAUGUCAGAAGCAUCUCUCCUUCAGGAACCAGCCCACUUGGAGCUUAAUAGGAUCAGUAUAUCUUUGGCGUCAAGAAUUUCAAGCUAUGGAAAUGUGGAUUGGCACAUAGACAGGUCCGGUGUGGUGACCCAGUGCACAGUAAAAGGGUUGCUAUUGCAUUGGAAAUGGACAUAAAUUGGCCAUCCAAUUGGGCCAACUUAGCACUAGUCGAUUGCUUUAACCCUAAUCAUAUGCUGACCAAAAUUCCAUAUGGCACAAAGCCUGGAGGAAACGCAAACAUUUUAGAAGACUUUCUGUGCUAGCUAAUUAUCUGGCUUUUCCAUCGCACUUGUUGUUUGACCAUUCAGAAAAAAUGAAUACACUGUGUUGGGGUUUCA